CUUGUACCUUUAAUGCAGGAUCCUCUGUUCAAGCGGUGAGGCUUGGAAUGGUACCAUGGACAGCAACACUAACGUCAGCAACCCAGACACUCAGACCUCUGUGAUACUUCAUAGUACAGCGCUACAGUGUGCUACUGAGACAACUUUGUGAGACUUAGACAAGGAUCAAUAGAGUGAGGCAGGUAAGCACGCCGAUUUAAUCACUCAUUGUUUUAGAAAGAGAUGCUAUGAAAUUGGAAACUGUUUGGCAACCAUACAUUCUAAAUAUUGUUUCUUAUUGAAUGAGGAGAGAAGUCAGAUCUCCUGCCUUGGCAUCAACACAGCUCAGAAUGAUUGAAUUUCAAGUGACUGUUAGCAUUCCAUUGCAUUCACCCAUCCACCAACACUGGCAAAGUCUAUAUUAAAUGCACGUUUUGCUUGCUUGAGUGCUGAGGCUCACAAGUCGCUUUAGCUCAAUUUAAUUAUUGUGUGAUAGGAAAUGCACUGUUAAUGGCAAAUUAAACCGAUGAAGAUUAAGAAAUAGCAAAUAAAAAAAAAUAAAAAAUAAAAACUUUCUUGCAAAAGCCAAAUAGCUAUUUUGCAAAAUCCUUUCAUAAUAGAGUUCUGUGUAACUUCAAUUUGCUACUUAGAAAUCCUGGUCUGAACACUAUACGUAUCCAAUUGAUGUUUUGUGUGGUCUGUUUAAUUUUUAAUGAAGCCAAUCUGAUAUCAUCAGCAGGCUUAUCUGCUAAUCAUUACUAUUUAGUGCCUUAUAAUGUUCAGUAGGCUCAGGAUACAGGCAGAUGGUUAUAUAGAAGUCCAGGGUGUUUGCACAUCAUUCAUUUCUGUAUAUUUUAUUUGUAUUCUGCCUGCUUGACUUCAUUUUGUGUUUAUAAUUUAUAUAUUGGUUUACCUGGUCUGUAUAUCAUUGCAUUAAGACUCAAGGAAACUCAACCAUCUCUCUGCUUACAUUGAAUUACAAUCUCAAUUUACUAUUAUAUUAUAUUAAAAAUUGAUAUUCUAUAAGAUUAAACACAGGAUCUUGAUGAGCAGGUCAGUAAUGUGUUAAAAUAGAAAAGAUCAAAGAUGAUCAAUUUGUAUAAGUAGGGCAGAAACAUAGGACAUUAAUAAUAAUUCUUAAAGAAUUAACCAGAAGAGAUUAAAGGCAUAUUAACCGAUCACAUGGUUUUACGCUAAAUCACAAUGCCAUCACUUGAUUAGCAAUAGAAUUUGAUAAGAUUAAGGCAGGAGAUCUGGUUUUAAUAUAUGGGAAAGGGAAAUAAGUUUAUGUUUUUAUAAGGACUGAAACAGAGCAACUGAGCUGUGUAUGUAGUGCAAAAAUACAAUAACGCGAGUUAAUCGCAUAUGAAAAUAUAUAAUAAACUGCAUAAAUUAAAAAAUGUAGGUUAUGGUUUACAGGCCUUGGAAUGUAUGUUUACAUUCCAAAUGGUAGCGCUCAUGCACUCGUAGGACUUCAAAAUGUGUUAAUUGAGUUACUUAAACCAAUGAAUGACACCCAAAUUGCUGAUCAACAUUUCAACCAAAUGUUGUCAUUAUCAAAAAGAAAACAAUAUAUGCUCACAUAAUCAGGUCCGGUGAUUAAAACUGAGGGUGUGUAUAAGAAAAUGCAAAAAGAGGCUAUCCCAAUGCCAGAACGUGACUUUCUGAGUAAAAUUUGAACAGAUAAGAAAAGUUAUACCAAUGACAAUAAAUGAUGGCUUCUGUAAUUUGUAAGCAUGGAAUCCAUCAUCGUUGACCUUUCAGUCAUUGCAUCACUUUACCUAGCGAAUGGCUAGGAAACUAGGAAAAUGAUAGAAAAUCAAUCCACAAAAAUUAAAAGCACACCACUUCAGUAAGUCAUUUGCACUGAUAUAAUAAGCAAAUAUGCCAUCAUUUUACCAACAAAAUGUGUAUAUAUGCUAAACAGAGAAUUGUGUAGAAAAGACCAGUUCAUUCUCGUUAUGGCAAUAUGAGCACAGCAGGAAAAACAUUUUAUUUAGACAAUCUUAUCCGUUUUGGCCUAAAAGGUGACUGUAAAAGUCAGAUUAAAUAGCUGACUUGUAAACAUUCUUCAAUUCAGCUAUAGUCCCCAUCAACAUGUUUUUUUUGUUGUCUAGAUUUUGCAUUUUUGUCAGUUUACUUAAAUUUCUUGAUUAGAUAAGAACCCCCACUUUCAGAAAAGUAAUUGUUCUUCUGGCUACACCUUCAUUUAUUUUAGACUUUAGAUCUUGGUUCAAGAAAUUGAUCAUUGAUAAUGAUGAUGUAGAUUUUGUGACUUAACAGUAGGUAACAUUUGUAUUGACGGAAACUUACAUCUAUCAAUAGGCAGAUAGCAAGCAUUAUAUUUAACCCCUUAAGGACACAUGACAUGUGUGACAUGUCAUAAUUCCCUUUUAUUCCAGAAGUUUGGUCCUUAAGGGGUUAAAUACGAUCUUAGGCGUAAAAAAAAAAACAGAAUCCCAUAAAAUAAAGAAAUAAUCAAAGUAUUGUGUUCUACAAUAUUAAAAUUCUAACUCUAAAUUUACAUUUACGGGUUUAUAGACUACAUAGUGCAGGGAUAGGCAACAUUCGGCACUCCAGAUGUUGUGGACUACAUCCCCCAAAACGCUCUUACACCCAUAAUGUUGGCAAAGCAUCAUGGGUGGUGUAUUCCAAAAUAUCUGGAGUGCCGAAGGUUGCCUAUGCCUGACAUAGUGCAUUCAGGUUUCCUUGUAGAUCAGUUAUUUUGCCCUGACUUUAUCAUGCAAUUCACCAAGUUACCAGAAUUUGUUGUUUUUCCAUUAGGUCUGUUUAAAUUCACUAAGCACCUACUUAUUAGAAAAGGGAACAUUUCUCUACAUAUUUACCAUUAUCCCAUUACCUAAAACAGUUGCCUUAGGUAACAUGUGACAACGUUUGUCUUAAAUAUGUUCUUCAUAAUAAAUAUAAAAUGUGUUAAACAUUUCCUGGUACUUAAGACAUAUUUAUUUUAUAUAAAAGAAAUAAUAUAAAAUAUAUUUAUUUUCAUGGGGUUUUUUUACAUUUAUUUACACUUGCAUUAAUUUGUUUUUCUUGUAUUGGUAGUAUCACUCCGUAUAAUUCUUAUUUACUGAAAAUCCUGAGAUGUAUCAAGAUUCCUCUUUUUAAUAUUCUUUGGAUCUGUGAAAUCAUCAUAUUUCUUAGUACCAUAAACAGCAAGAUCAUAUAAAAUGGUUGAACUAUUUUUAUUUAUUUAAUUAUUUUUCGUUUAUUUAUUAAUUGUUGGGGGGUUUUUUUGUUUAUUUUUUUUCAUUUCAGGGCUCAGUCAAAAUUUAUAGAUACCUCAGUAGGAGAACAUUGUUGAUUAAAUAACUGUCACGUUCCCGUACAUUCAUUUGGAAGUCUAAUAUGCAUAUAUUUGCCUGAUAUUUGUUUGAGAGAAUAUGCAAAGCUUCACUCUUUGAAUGAAAAUUCAUCAGAAGUAUAGAAGAAUAUAAACACAAUAGGUGUUUAUUCGCUGAACCACAAAUUUGCAGUGAAUUAAAAACUGAAUUGGAAAUGUUGCAAAGUUGUGACUAUAACUCCUUUGGAGAAUUUCUCGAAAUCUGUUUUUUUGUUCUGCUACUGAAACUUUGCAAUAUAAUCUCCAAUUCACUAUAAUUCAUUGUUUUAGUGAUUUACACCCAAAUGGCAUGUUUUCUGUCCUUAGUGCUAUUAGAAUAUGCAUCUUCCUGACAAUGACAAAUUGCUGGGGAACUAUGAGGACAAUUAAAGGAUUGUGUCCUUAUACACUAAAAGGGGAAGCCAUUUUUUAUGUAUUGCCCUCAUUAUAUUGCUGAAAGAGUGAAAUGAUACAAGGGAUCUUAAAAUUCAGGGCACCCCAGCAUUCUAACCCUCAUGGACUUUUGAUGAAUUGUGAGGCCCACACCGGAGGCUAUGAUAAUUAGGAGUACCCAUUUUGCAGGGGGCAUGGGAGAUGCCCACUAGACUUUAUACUCUGCCCACCUCUGAGAUUGCCUCCUAGUUUAAUGGGAAUCUUGUUUUUAAUAUUUGUCCACUAACAAAACUGAACUUUUUUUCCUGACAACAUUUUGAUGCUUGAUAGAAAGUCUUUUAAAGCCAGUAUCAACAAGAUUGUCAGAUUCAAGUCAAGUCAGUUCAAGUCAAUAAUUUCUCCCAAUCAAUUUGCUCUUAAUGAAUUGUGCAAGAAUAGGCCACAUUGAAGAAGUCGUUAAGUUAGGUUGUAACAACUUUUUCUGAGGACGUUUAAUUGCUGCAGGAAAAGUGUACAGAAGGCUCAGCGCUUAAAAACUUAAAUAAAGGCAGCACACCUAAAGGAUAGCGCUCCCUCACAGGCCCUAAAGGUAUAUAGAUAUAAGGAAAGAGAGAAAGGUGAUGCCACAGAGAUAAUAUAUAAAAUGAAAUAUAAGCAAGUAAUAUAGAAAUAAACAAUGGCAUAUAAUACAGAGACAGAACAAUAAUAUGUAAUAUAUAUAAAAAUAUAAAAAGAAUAAUCUAAAAAGAAUCCAGUAAAACCUUUGGAUUAGAGAACAAUCAAUCUAUCUAAGGUAGAGACGUCUAUGAAGUAGUGGGAUUGAGGGGUUCGUGGGAUCCAUAUGAAAAAGUAAAGAAACUCUAAUAGUGCAAUAAAACCUAAAUAGGUAGCAGCCAAUAAAAGAGGUCUUUAUGGACGUGAGUAGGACCAGGUGGAACUUGGACACACGUCUCUUUUCAGCUUAUGUAACUAUGUAACCAGUAGCAAGCUAAAAUGGGGAACAGAUGUACGUCUCGUGUCUUAACUACACUUAACUACAAAUGGCACUAUAUGUAUGGAGAAAUGUGACAGCACAUGGGGUAAAAGUAUGGGGUAAUAUGAUGAAAACUAAUGUUGGGUAAUACAAGGCUGAAUAAAUACUUUGGAGAAUUAUAGCGUAUAUGGAAGGAUGUAUUUAUUAAUUAUUAUUAAUUAAUUUAUUAUUUAUUUAUAAAGUAUUUCCCCAGGAAGGAUAUACAAUGUUUUCUCUCAUUUUGAAGUAUGUCCUUGGCUCACAAACAUUGCAUUGUUUAAAUAGGGUACAAUAUAAUAUUAUUGAUUUUAGGAUUGUGAUGUAAGCCGACAAUGUAUCAGAUAGAACGUUCUCUGUCAUAGAUAAGGAUCGCGGUAAAGUUAAACCAGCAAAAUGAUUAAUAUUUAGAAGCUUCAUUUAUUUAAUAUACGUUUUACUGAUCUCAAGAUUUUGAGUCACUGAUUUUCAAAGUCUAUAAAUACAAGUAAGAAAAAAAUAAUUUCUAUUAAAAAUGGUCUCAAUGGAUAGUGACAUGAAAAGCAAAUUUAUAUUUUAUUUUCUAGACCAGGGGUUCCCAACCCAGUCCUCAAGUACCCCCUAACAGUUUAUGGAUUACCCAGUUGUGUCUAAGGUGUUUUUAGAAAAAAAAGAAACACUUUAGACACAGCAGAGUAAGCCCUAAAUCCUAAACUGGUGGGGGUACUUGAGGACUGGGUUGGGAACCCCUGUUCUAGACUUCAUAAACAUGUUUCUGGUGGUCACUUGGUUGACCUAAUCUUUAUAAAAUAAAGUUUAUAAAUUAGUAUGUAUAUCCAAUGAUUCACAGGUUAUAUAGUUUCGUACCUGGAUGCUAACCUCCCACUUCUUCAACUUUCAGCCAUAUAUGAAUGCUGGACAUCUGGUAACCCUAAAAUUACUCUACAUGCUCUUGUGUCUGCUAAACCCCAACUCUCUACCUGAUCUCUCAGUCUAUUAAACACGUAGGGUUUUGUUGCAUGCUUACAUAGAUCCUGAAAAAUGAAAAAGGUCCAUCAGGUUCUGUCACUCAUAUUAAUGUUGUAGAUAUUACUGUGCUAUUACUGCUGUUUAUCUCAAAUAAGGUAAAAAAAAAAAACUUCACUGAUUUCCAAUUUUACUUCUAACUGGGAAAAAAACAUUUCUUGACUUGAGAAUAGCAAUCAGGUAACCAGAAAUAUUAACUAUUAUAAACUUGAAUAUUCUUAGGGUGAAUUGUCUUGUUUGUUUAUUGUUGUUUAAAAAUCUAUUCAGAAUCUAAUAAAAAGAAAACUAUUUAGGUUUAGCAGAAAACUACCCACUUUAUUUUUCUUAUUAUGUAGUUUCCUUUCCUCUGCGCUAUGUAAAAUCUUCUCUUCAAGUCAAAAUGGAUGAUCUCUUAUCCUGCCAACUGUAUAAUUUAAUUUCUUCUAAAUUAUAUUUAAAAAAAAUAAAAUUAAAUAAUAAAUAAAUAUAUAUAUAUAUGUGUCCUGAUGAAAGUUCGCAAUAUAGAAGUGAAACGUUGAUUGAAUUUUACUUAUGGAAAGUACUUGUUGAAAACCAAUAAAGAAAAAACUUCUUUUGGAUCUUCUUAGAGUGCUUGCUCUUCGUGUAUUUUUAUCUACAAGUGGAGCAGAGCACCGGGUAAUAUAUAAAAUGUUUUUUUGUUCAAUAGGAGUUCAGGAUUUUUUAGUAUUAUAUAUAUUAUAUAUAUAUAAUAGUACAAAAAUACCGGCACUCCAAGGUUUUAGUAAAUCAAUCUUCUUUAUUCCAAUAAAUCCAGUGGUUAACGUUUCAGCCCCUAAGUGGAGCUUUCAUCAGGACAGGUGAGGUCCUGAUGAAACUCCACUUAGGGGCUGAAAUGUUUUGUACAAUUAUAUUUCUCAUGUGACCAGAGCACCAGGUACCAUAUAUAUUUUUGAGUUGGAGUGCAAGAGCUUUGAAGUAAAUAUUUAUAUAUUUUUAUUUAUUUAUUUAUUUUUAUGAACACAUAUGUAAUGUUUAUAAAAGCAGAGUAAAUUAACAUGUUCCAUCUACAUUUGAUAAUUUACAGAUAAUAAAUUUGAAAAGAUUUUUGGGUGGGCCACUGGAGGUUUAUAACACUUUUAUUACUCUGUGAAUUGCUGUGGAUGAUAGUGCUUAAGGGGUUAUCUUAUCUAGUAUAUUGCUUUUUAAUUUAAAAACAAAUAAAGAUUAACAUUUCUCCCUUAGGAUAUACUUGAAAACUCCUGUUAACUAAUUGUAUCCAUCCUUUAAAAUAUUUUAAUAUUAUGUUGUUUUCUCAUCUUCUGUGCAGAGAUCAGCUUUUUUAUCAUCAAUGCUUUUUAUUAAGGCAUGUUAGGUGUGCAAAUGGUCAUUAAGGGGUUAUUUUUCAAGCAUUUUGUUUAUUGGCAAGAAACUAAAUGCAAUUUUAAAGGGAGUCAUUUGUAUGUGGAACUGUCACAUUCAUAAUCUAUACAUGUGCCAUAUUGAAGCCUGAUCUAUAAUGAUCUUGGAUGUGGUUGUAGAAACAACUGUGACACUUGGUGGCAUAGCUGUCUAGACUACUUGUACUGAUGUCUGUCUUGCCUUUUGUGUUACCUGUGUUAUAUAUUCAUAUUUUAAUUCUCAUCUCUAUGUUUGUAAAUGAGUAUCAGGAAACCUAAUUCAAAAAAAUUCAAAAAAUGCAAAAAUGUAUAAAACAUUCUUUUUGGUAAAUAUUAAAAAAGGGUCACUGAAUAGUAACAUCUACACUAUGAACACCUAGCCUCCUGAGAUUUAUGCUUCAAUCGUAUAUUGAUAAUUAAAACGAUAGGUAAAGGCCACACCAAAAUGGAGCUGACCUUUGUUUUCUAAAUAAAUAUAUAGAAAAAAUAUUAGAAAAUAAUAUGAUGUUUUUUUUUUUUUUUUAAUUAAAUAUUCAUGUGUGAGUUUCCUCUAGUCCACGUGGAGCAGGAUGUGGUUUUUGAUUUAUCACCAAUCCUGGUUCAUAUUCCAGAAAUAUUCUCCAAUAGGGGUUUGUAGAAUAUCGUGCCCAACGCAUUCUUCAGAGUUGUGUACUAGAUUUCCUUAGUUCAGGAGAUAUUAUUUUACAUAUAUAUAUAUUUUUUUAUUAAUUGAUUUGCUGUUGAGAUAAAGAACUGUUCGGUAAUACACCACCAUUUAAAAAUAUGGUUUGACCUUGCUGAUGUUUGUUAUAAUGGGAAGGCAGGUUUAAAAAAAUGCCAUUAUGAUGGAAAAUUUCCGUCAUGUGUCCUUAAGGGAUUAAAGGUACCUUAUACAUAAACAUUACUAAAUCAUUACACCCCCUAAAAAGACAACUAGCAGUUCAGAAUUAAAUGUAAUAAAUUGUGCAGUACUCUUUUUAUUUUGUAUACAUUUAAAAAAUCUGUAUGAUAUCAAAACAAAUUCUGCUUUAGGAUGUAUGGAGUCUUCUGUCCCUUUAAAACAGGAUAAUUUCUGUUCUUUUUUUUUGCGACGUUUAGAGAAAAGUUAACAGAUACUUCAUUCUAUUCCUAUGGCAUUACUGACAACACUACAGUCAUUCAAUUACUCUCAAACUCAUUUCCUUUGCUCCUAAGAAAUUAAAUCCAUCUAAUAAUACUGGUGGAUUAUAGAUUAACUACCUUCAAUAUUUUUCAUACAUUAGUGAAAAAUUAAUGGAAACUAAAUUCAUGCAUGCUAAUAAUAAAUCCAUUUGUAAUUUGCUUAAUCAGACUUUAUAUGUCUGGAUUACAUUGAUGCAUUGCAACAUUGCUAAACUGAUAUAUGUCUUACACUAGAUCGUUAUAAAUACAGUCAUUGCCCCCAUUAUGAUUUGGUAAACCAAGGCUUCUGAAGGGAAUACUUUAUUUAAAGUGAACUCAAAGAUAGCUACUAACAUGGUAGAAGCUUGAAAGCCAAACUUAGCCGGCAUGUAAACUUUAAAGGGGAACAUACAACAUUAAAUACAUAAUUGAAUACUAGGUAUACCUUGUUUUAAAACUUUUUUGAUGAAAUGCUCUUUUUUCCUUUAAAUAUAUAUAUGACAUUUAGCAAUAAACAUUAUAAUCCAGUUCAAUCCUAGCAAAACAAGGGGACUCAUCCAAAUGAAGAAAGAGAAACAGAAAUAUGUUGAAUGUCAGGUGCAAAGGGCAGAGGUUAUAAUAAUAAUUGACAAGAGUCAAGGUGAUAAAAUAAGGAGAUACAAUAAAGUUUGGUGAAUUUUAAGGCCUCUCAUAUAGAAUAAGUAAAUAAAAUAUUAUGAAAUGUAACAAUGAUCAAAGAAGAUGAGCCUAUUGGUUAUUACCUGCCAAAUAUCUUAUUUGAAGGAUUGUAUCCAACAAACUUGGAAUUUAAGGACAAGUUUAACCCCUUAAGGACCAAACUUCUGGAAUAAAAAGGCUUCAUGACAUGUCACACAUGUCAUGUGUCCUUAAGGGGUUAAAGACAAAUAUGUGAAAAAGACAUCUUAGGCUACUUCAAAGAGGCUCUUGGCCUGUGGAGGAGGUUUGGAAGAACAAUAUAACAUGCCAAGAAAUCCCCACUCAUCUGGCCAAUUAAAUACAUCAUAUCUAUAUACAAGUAACGUAGAGAGAAACCCAGCUGAUGUUGUCCUGCAUUAUUGUUUUUUUACCAGGACACUUUUUUUAAUGUGAUUCAAGAUCGCUAAAUUUGGAUGGCAGGAUUUUUCAUUGUACAUCUGUUAGCUGACAUUCUAUAAUUGCAUAGUUAGCUUUACAUCCAAUAUGGCCUGCACUACAAUUAAUGGACAUUAGAGGGGGCGAGCCGGCAGCCAUAUUGUCACGUCAAACAUUGCUGAAUCCCUGAGUGACCAUACUUGCAAAUUGCCUAAAACAUAAGAGAUCUGACAACUACGUGGCACCUACUGUAUCUACUAAUUACCUGGCGUCAUGGGGCAUCAGAGCAAGAAGUGCAAGCCCGAUUGACCACCCACAACAGCUGAUAUUGGCAAUCUGCUGUGGAGGCCGCAUUCCUCGCAGAAGCCUGUCUUGGCACCACUCUCAGGUGGACCCUCCUCCACUACUGGUGAGGAGUACCUGAUUAAAGAAAUGGCCCGCGGAGUCUGGCUUGAGAGCAGGGAAUUCACGCCCACCGCCGAAGCAGGUUGCCAAGCUUCCGGUAAUAGAGGACACUCUGCAGGGCUUGUUAGAUGAACUACACUGCAAUAAUCUGUUCGACAUCGUGCAAUUCCAAAAGGAGAUUAAUAGGCUCUCAGCACACCUCUACAAUUCAGAGCUGACCCUAGCUGACUUGCAGCAUGCACAAUCUCAAGCCCAAGACCACAUGGCUGUUCUUGAAGAACAUUCAAGUCCGAGGCCUACCAGACAUUCUGGAAUCUGCUAGAUUUCCACAUUUCUUCCGCAGAUUACUCACCAUGCUUUUCUUUGCCAAUCAAGCCAAAUCCAUGGCUCUAGAUGGCUGGCACCGCAUUCCAGGACCCACCACAGGCACACUGAAGAUGGACAGGUAUAUAAUUCUCUGCUUUCAACAGAGCCAAGAUCGAACAGCCUUCAUGGCGGCUGUCCGCAACACUGCACUCCUUAAGUUUGAGGAGCAUACCCUUACCUUUUACCUGGACUAAUCCAAGACCACUAUGGACUGGCAUCGAUCCAUGAGACCACUAACACAGGCUCUUGCCACUAAAAAAGUGCCAUACAAAUGGGGCACACCUCACAACAUACUUAUCCCUAGGGAAACGGGCACGCUAAAAAGGCUUUUAUCCUGAUCCAGCUUGGAUUGGUGACACAGGCAUCUGAGACCUCACCUUCGAAAACUUCUACUACCUGGGAUUUGGAGAGGGUCACAACGUUUAUAACAGCGGCCCGCAGGGGUUGUUCCUCGACAGUACCGGUGCCCUGAUAGUACCAAGGGCCGCACUGCAGUUUAUUUUAAGUCUACUCGUGUAUUAUAUGCUUUGAUUUCAAACAGUGCUACAGCGCAUACUUGAUUUAUUUUUUGCCUCAACACUGCCAAACUGACAGCUCACUUAUUUCUGAUCAUAAUGACCCUGUGAUUCCCUCCCACUGCUCACUAACAUUGCAACAGCGUUAUAGUGCCAUUUAAGUGGGGUAACCAGCCUCCUCGACUCUCCUAGCGGUAUAUCCCCUCUAGAUUACACUACUCAUGAAUGGAGGCAUAACCUGCUCCAUGCUCUUACAUACCAUACAAACCAUUUCAACAUUAUAACAUAGGUAGCGGAUGCAAGGUGUUUAACUAGCCUUUGAAUCUUACUUAUUUCAAUAUAAAAUCUUAAUACUCCUCAGUCUCAAUGGUAAACUGCUUAUGUACUACACAUGCAUUACUGUAUUGUUUAUGUUUCCUGAACAUUACCUUUUCUAUUUACUGUAUUGUAUUUUGAACUACUAUCCAAGAAUAAAGAAAGAUUGACUAAUGGACAUUAGAUCACAUGGUUCUCGAACAAGCAUCACUUGACACUUGUUUUUCUAAACCAACAGGCAAACAUUUUUAAACAAAUAUACACAUCAAAAUAAAGCAAGAAAACUUUGAAAAGUAUGUAAUAAACAUGUAUACAUUUUAGACACCUAUCUCAGUUUCAAAGCAUUAUUGUGCAGAGCAGGAGAGUAAAACCUGACACCAGAGCAUGUUCUACAUGAUAACCCUGAACAGAACCCCUCUCUUCUCCUCCUGUCAGGAUGUUGCAAGGUGAAGAGAUCCUUCACCUGCACCUGUGUAAAUCUGUCAGAUAUGCCCAAUGCACUUUUCCAGCAUUCUUAGGGAUAGGACACUGAUUGGUUAGAUUAGAGUCUCCCUUAAGUUGAUGUGUAUAGCAUAACAAAAAAGAAACAAGUAAAUAAGGGGAAGGAAUAUAUAUUUACCUACUAUUUUUCCAUGCAGAGUGAGGCAACUGUCUCAUUCAAAGCUAAAGCUUUUGAAUGAGACAGUUGUCUCAAUGUGAUGCAUGACUCUUUACUCAACUCUUCCAAUGGUUUAAGGUUUCUUCUGCUACUCAUGAUUGUAAUACUUUUUGAGGUUCUAUAUUAUCGGUAGAACUGUUACUCAUUUACUGAUUUCUAAUUAUUUAAAUAUGAAUGGAAUUAUUUUGUAUCCACAGGUAAAGGUUUCAUCCACUGAAAUAGAAAAACGGGAAUAAGAAUUCUAUUAUUUGUACAAAAUGCCAGUUUUAAAGAAAGAAUCGCUGGAGAAAACAGCAGACAAAAGUUGUGAAGAUGCAGAGGUAGAGUAAUAUUUUCAUAUACUUGAGAACCAGUUAUUAAAAUGGUUGAUGAUUAAUUUUCUAGUUAGCAAAAGUUAUCUGAGAAAUUGCUUUGCCAUGUUUAAUUUUAAAUAAAGGCUGGAGUAAAUACGAGCAGGAAAUAUCAAGCAAAUAUUAUUCAUUGCUACUAUAGAAAAGUGAUCUGAGAGCACUUUGAUUCCCGUGAUGGAAGUUUAGGACAGCUCAGAAGCAUAAGGAGCUUCUAAAGUCCCAUAUGUGGCUGGACAAAGGUUAAGUAAAAAUACAUUUGUCCUGAACACUUUGAGGUUAAAAUUUAUAGCACACAGUGUGUGUGUGUGUGUGUGUGUGUGUGUGUGUGUGUGUGCGUGCGUGUGUGUGUGUGUUCGAUAUGACCAUUGUGUGCUAUGAAUUUUAACCUCAUAGUGUUCAGGACAAACUUCUUUUUACUAUAUAUACCUGAGCCAUCCGCACAACUAUUGUCUUUAAAUGUCAUAUAUUAAGUAUGACAUUUAGAGGCAGUGGUUGUGUGCAUGACCCAGUCUUGACAAUAAGUCUUGAUCAACUAGCCCAGCACAGAUACCCGAGUUGUGUCAUUGUGUGUGUGUGUGUGUGAUUGGGCUAUCCAAACAAAUAUUGCCUUUAAAUGUCAUAUUUAAUAGAAGACAUUCAUAAAUGCAUGUGUGUCCCUUUAAUGUUCACUGCAAAACUGCCAUGUUUAUAAAAUAGAAAGUGCUCUGAAGUCCAUUAGCAGAAUUCUUUUACAUAUCGCAUCAAUCAAUUUCAAAACUCAUAAACUGUGCCUAAUUUUUUUUACUCGUCCUUGUUUGUGAUAAUACGCCAUAAGACUUCAUUCCGUUUGGGUAAAAAUAACUAAUGAGCAGAGGAUGUGAUACGAUAUGUGAACUAUUCAAAAGAUGGCAAAUAAAGAGCAUAUUCAGUGUGAAUGGUAUCAGAUCAGCUGAUGUCAGGGGCUAUGACUAAAUUCCUGUAAGCAUGGAAUGCACUAAGCAAGUCGUCUAAGCUAUAGAAUAGUGUUUUCUUUUUGCUGUGCAUUGGCACACCAGAUAUUUUGUCUUCUGUCACUGCGUUCUCCUAUUUGCUACAGUCAUCAUUGCAGUUUCAUGAAAUUGCUAUUCUUUUCCAAUAUUUCUGAGUAAUAGCUAGAAAUGUUUUGCUUGUUUGAUGCACUAUAAGCUUAAACAAGGAAAGGGUCUUUUGCCAUUUGUAGUAUUAUAUUAAUUCUACACAGCUUUGCUUUGUUUCCCUUUAACUGCCCAUUCCUGUCGAUAGAUGUUUAGACUGAUCAAUGCAUUUCUUCCAAUACUACUUACUCAAACUAAGGAAGGAAUGCAUUUCUUCCAAUACUACUUACUCAAACUAAGGAUACAGUUGUAUUAUCUUGCUAGGUGAAACCUUGCAUAUAUUCAGUAGUGUAUUUAAGUUUUUUUGCUGUCCUAAUGUGUAUAGUAUGUGUAUAGUAUGUGUGAAUAAAAAUGCAUGCACACAAUGUUGAUGAAAGAAUGUGUUAUUUGUGGUUAUAUCACACAUUCACAUACACAUGGUGAAUACAUUACAAGCCACACAUACAUAUACAUAAUCAGCUACACACACAAAAACAAAAAACACUCAUAUUAAUGCAUACAUAGGUUGUGGCUUAACCGCUGAGGGAGAUGCUUAGGUUUGGAGCUCCUUGACAGCAUAGCACGACUUUAGGUUGAUUGAUCAAAACCUGCUAAUAUGAAACGCCGACGGAGAUGGCGGCUAGAUAGAGGAGCUCCGUCCCACAUAGCUUCCGACAGCGUGCAAACGGCGCAAUAUCCUACCCGAUGGGUCGCACAAGGAGGUCUGAAUCCCAGCACAACAAAGGGGCGCAAGUACCACAGCAAACCGGACCGCUAGACGGGUUCCUCUGCACACCCGGCGGACAAACGCGUGCAAGGCCGGGCGCCAAAAUGGCCGACGACCAGGCCAUAACACCACCUCCUGACAUGCAGGAACCCUCCCUAGCAGAUAUUAGGGCCGACAUCAGAGCCCUCUCUGGGAACAUGGUCACAAAAACUGACCUCCAGGCACUCUCUGCCACACUGCAUGAGGUAAUAAGGUCAGAGGUAGCUACAAUCCAGAGGGACCUUACAGCACAAGAUGGGCGCUUGAAACAAUUGGAAACCACAACAGCAGGCAGACUGGAGGCCACUGAUGCAGCAGUGACCAGACAGGGCAAUAUGCUCCUGCAACUAAGAAGACAGACUGAGGACCUAGACAACAGGGGUCGCAGAUCGAAUAUCAGAAUACGCAACCUGCCAGAAGCAGUGGCAGGGGAAGAAGAUGUACCGACCUUACUAACCGCCCUGUUCAGGGACAUACUAGGUCCAGAAUCACCACAGCGCAUAGAAUUUGAUAGAGCGCAUAGAGCCCUGAGGCCACGUGCUGCAGACAACACACCUAGAGAUAUCAUAUGCUGUCUCCAUGAAUACAAAGUCAAGGAGCUGAUAAUGAACAAAGCAAGAUCGAGACCAACCUGGCGGUUCCAAGGCGCAGAAGUAGCCCUGUACCAAGACCUCUCCCCACUUACACUAGAGGCCCGCAGAGCGCUGAGACCGGUGACUCAGAUACUACGAAACGGUAACAUACCAUAUAAGUGGGGAUUCCCCUUCUGCCUUUUGGCCAGACACAACAAUGAGUGGAAAUCGCUCCGCUGGCCCAACGAAGUACCGGCCUUUUUACAAAGCAUGGGAUUGCCGCAUACGGAGGUCACGGACUGGAUCCUGAAUCCGUCGGAGCUGAGACCCAACCAACCAGCACCCAGGGCACAGAGACGGCGCAGGGAUGACUCGCCACAGAGAAGACCGGCACGCAGACCACAAAACCCAGCUCACCAUCCUGCACAACCGGGAGUCUAACACCUACACAACUGGCGGCCAGGACGGCGAACAUUCCGAGGGGCACAAAGGAACUGCGGACGCCCACACCAUCUACAUGAGACAACCAGAUAAGUGCAAAUGACAUUUAGACACUGACAAGAUGACAAACACAGACUUUUGUAGCUAUACAUGAGCGUCAAGGCGAGGGGCAAGGGGGACAACGUCCUGAGAGGGCCCGCAACUAUGGACACAUUACCUUGGGUCGACUCUACUUUGGGAGGGAAGGUUAUGGAGGGCAGGGGUGGAGGAUUCAUAUGCUACUGCAAUCUCAAAGACUAACUACCGAGACUGGGAGUACGAAUACUUUGAAAACUGGGGGAGGGGGAACGGGGGGAAGGGGGGAAAUUUGAAGCGGACUGCAUAAGGGACUUAAUAAUAGGGAUACGCAAGCGAGGUGGUGGAGAGAGGAAGAAGCUGACGCCGCUGCCGGGAGACGGCUGGUACGGGGAGGGGGGCGCCCCUGCGGAGGUAGGGGAAACUGGAAAACUAGGGAGAUGGGAAUCACAUCCCAAGGGAAGAGAGAGUCUAGGGACGUAAGAGGGGGGAUAGACUGGGACGCUAUCACAAACUGCAGUUAUCGGGGGGAGAGGGAGGGGACAGGGGGGGGCGAUACUAAUUUUAUUUCAUAAAAAAGGGGGGGGGGGAAAUAAUUAAAAAAAAAAAUAUAUAUAUAUAUAUAUAUAUAUGUAUACUAACAAUAAGAGGGAGUCACCUUGGCACAACCCCCCGAUCCCGCAAGACCCAUGACAAUACCCUAGAUAACUCCACGGCACCGCUCACAGAAAGAGGUAGUGGGAGUGAGGAUAGACGGGAGACGCAACGGGAAGGAAGGCAAGAUGCCCACAAGUCACGGCAAUGGAAGUUAUUGUAGGGGCUGGAACAGAGGGCUACAUCAUGAUCGGCCUCACCCUAGAAUGGACCGGGAACCCAACCCAUUAAUAGACAGGUAGACGAACACGUACUAAAGACACACGGAGCUAACCCCAAAACAUCGCUAAAGUACGGAUACAGGACACCCCCCUGCCCAGGAGCCUCCCACCCAGAAUGACCUUGACAGACAGGACAUACACGCAGAACACUGCUACCACAACAGAAACUACAACUAGAAUUGCACCCUCAUUGCAUACACCACGCGCGAGCACCCCACCUCAGACCUGGCAACAGAACGUCUGAGUUACGCAUCAACUCCCGCAAACUCAAACGCACCUUGCCCGGGACGACUCUCUAGAGAUGAGUAAGCCACCAGACACGGGGGAAGUACAACACAACCUAACUAUCUGACCCAUUGACAAGGAUUCACAUGAGCUAACCAUAACCUAGACUAAUGCACACCUUAGCUGAGAUCAACAUAGUGGGAACGCUGACUCUGCUGCCACAUUCGAUCGAGCCACACACCUAACAUCUAGACACUGCGAAUGCAGGAUCAGGCCACCUCCUGACCACAUAUCCGUGUAGACGGACCCACUGGGGGAGCCAAGGCCGAAGCCUUGCCGGGACACAAACCGGUGGUACGGCAUUGGUAGCCCACCAAGGUACACGGAGUCACCCCAGAUUGGGGCAACGGUUACUUUACCCCACGCCCUGACACGCUACACACAACCCAACUAAGGCCACACACGGCGACGACGAAUAAUCGCCAAAUUAGCCUGAAGAAAUAGUCACACACCACAUACACGAACCUCACUGAGCUGUAGUCGCUACAGCUGUUCAUUUUUUCCACUACUGUUCAAUUCCUCUUCUCUUUACUCUCUCUUCUACUCCCCCCUUUUUUUUUUUUUUUCUCCUUCUUCUUUCCCUUCCUUCUCUCCACCAGAACCACAACGAGAGGCCUCUCUCUGGGACACACCUGGACCCACAUCACCAAAGGAAUCAGAACUGAAUAGACGGACGAAGGAGCUGUAGGAGAAUCCGGAACCACCAAAUAGCCCACACAGGACCACAGAUGGCGUACAUACCGGCUGAGCUGGUCGUAAGGUCGCAGAACUGCAGAGGGCUAAAUACACCCGAAAAGAGAUCUCACCUUCUAAGAAGUCUCAAGAGACAACAUGUCUCCAUUGCACUCCUCCAGGAAACCCACCUCAGAUCGGUCUCAAACACGCUACUUAAGGACAAACACUACCCUGUAAACUACUAUAGCAAUCACCAGACCUCUCGCAAAGGGGGAACCGCGAUCCUCCUGGCCGCACACCUGCAAUUCACCCUCACGGACCAAAAGAUAGAUGAAGGGGGAAGAUAUCUCUUCAUCAAGGGGGAGAUAGCGAACAAAACAUACACGAUCGCCACGAUAUAUACACCCAACGCUGGACAAGCGAGCUUCCUGAGGCGCACACUGUUGAAGCUGUCAAGGUUCACGGAAGGGAUACUCAUCUUUGGCGGUGAUCUCAACACGCCCCUAGAUCCCCUCACUGACACGUCAACAGGGCGAAGCAGCAUGCCCUACUCGGCGCGCAAAACUAUACAAAAAGCUUUACGGGAUCUACGAUUGGUGGACACAUGGAGAGCAAGACAUCCAGACGACCGGGACUAUACGUACUAUUCCACGCUCCACAACAGGUACUCAAGAAUCGAUUACAUAUUCAUACAACAGGAGGGUCUCACACACCUACAGAGAGCGGACAUCCUUGCCACGCCAUGGUCGGAUCACAGCGCGACGCAGGUGACCAUGUCACAAAAGCGUCAUCAGAGGCCACCUAAUCCGCAUGGCCUCCCGAAAGAAAAAAGAAAUGGGAAAACGAAUUGUAGAACUGACGAAGAAGAUAUCAGAUCUGGAAAUGGCCCACAAACGCACCCUACAAGACCAGACCUACAGGGAUCUCACAACAAACAGAAGACUACUCUCUCAACUGCUUGAGCAGAGACAUGCCAGGCACCUCCAACGAAACCACGCAUUUUUCUAUAGACACGCCAACAAGGGGGGUAAGCUACUAGCACGCAUGCUGAGAGGAGUACAGGGUAGAGCGCAGGUACAUGCCCUACGCACCACACGAGGAACAAUAACCCAAUUUCCGGAAGAGAUAGCGACCGAAUUCCAACGGUACUACGAACAACUAUACAGUAUUCGAAAAGACGAGGACGAACUGACCCGCGAUACGAGGAAGCUGGCCACGACGGACUACCUGGGAGCCUACAGACCGGACGCCCUAACACAAGAGGAAGCAGAAGCACUAGACGCACCGAUCUCAGAAGAGGAGAUCAAGAGAGCACUGAAAAUGGCAAAAACCGGAAAAGCACCGGGACCAGACGGCUUCCCAAUAGAAUACCUCAAAAAAUUCGGAAACAUUCUUGUGCCCCAUUUAACGAAGGCGAUCAACAGCAUACGAGAAGGACACACCUUUAGUAGGGAAUCGCUGACAGCAACCAGUACGGUUAUCCCUAAGCCCGGUAAAAAUACAGAGCAGGUGGGAAACUAUCGCCCUAUAUCGCUCCUCAACGCAGACAUAAAAUUAUUUUCCAAGGUGAUAGCGAUGAGGCUUCAGACAUUUCUUACAAGACUGAUACACCCAGACCAGACCGGUUUCAUCCCGGGAAGGGAAGCCAGAGACUGUACUCUUAGGCUGUUCGCGAUCCAACACCUAGCCAAACAAACGAAGACAAAACUGAUCCUAUUAUCAACGGACGCGGAGAAAGCCUUCGACAGGGUCAACUGGAACUUCAUGAUGGAGACACUACGCACGUUGGGCAUGGGACAGGAGAUACUCACCUGGAUUUCAGCACUGUACAGCUGCCCGUCCGCCAGAAUACGGGUCAACGGGGCCCUUACGAAUAGCUUCGACAUUCAGAACGGCACGAGGCAGGGAUGUCCGCUCUCUCAGAUCAUAUUCGCACUAACAUUGGAACCACUCUUAGACCGUAUCCGAAAAAAUGAGAGAAUAAGGGGACUAUGCUAUAAAACCCACGAACAUAAAGUAGCUGCAUAUGCAGAUGACAUGCUCUUUUUCCUCAGGAACCCAACAGACUCCAUAUCUCCGCUCCUGACUGAAUUCGAAAACUACGGACGCCUCUCGGGAUUAAAACUCAACCUGACGAAAUGUGAAAUUUUAAACGUUACUGUAUUUGAAAGGGAAAGCGCACAACUGAAAAGCAACUACCCAUUCCAAUGGUGCCAAGGACGGAUGAAAUAUCUGGGGUUAUGGAUCACACAGGAAUCGAAAGACAUCUAUGCACACAACCACACACCCCUUCUGACUACCAUACUCAGAGACCUCGAGCGGUGGAACCAUACCCACAUUUCCUGGCUGGGGAGGAUAGCAGUGAUCAAGAUGAAUAUCCUCCCCAGAAUUUUAUACUUAUUUCAUACAGCGCCACACACAAUUCCACGCACUUUCUUCGCAAGAUUGAAAACAGCAUUCAUUCAAUACAUAUGGAAGGGAGACAGGGCGCGAAUUAGCUUCGACAAACUCAGCCUCCCGAGAGGUUGGGGAGGACUAGCACUUCCGGAUAUCAAACGUUACCACCAGGCAACAGCCAUGCAAAGGAUAAGAGAAAUACACAUGGCCUCAACACAAAAACGGUGGGUGACACUUUGGAAAGACACCACCGACAACCGACUACACUCGCUGAUAUGGCACAAAGAAACGGAAGCGCAUUCAACCUUGGGAGAGGAUUCCCCGGUUACACAAAUGUUAAAACAAUGGUCCACAAUGAGGAACGAACAACAGAUUUCACCCAAGCCAAGCCCGUUAAUCCCCAUAACUCAUAAUCCACAACUGGGGGAUGGACUCGCGGCAUCUGCGUGGCCAAUCGAUACUCCAGACGGGUACAUACCCAUACGGUUCUCAACAAUACGGGAGUGAAACCACUUAGGGAGCUGGCAGACGGAAACUCGCUCACGAUCCUGCACCGGUUCCAUUACGCGCAGCUGCUACACUACUACCAUAACCUGCCGCACAGAACUAAAAUACACAGGGACCUCACAUGGUAUGAAACACUAUGCUCACAAGCACCGGAAGCGGACGGGAGGGUUUCGGCGAUAUACCGAACCUUAAUCACAGGUAAUAGAACAAACAACAACCUGUACAAACGACAAUGGGAGGAAUGGACGGACAAUACGUUUUCAGAUGACCAAUGGGUCAAAAUCCUGAUACUACAACACAAGAGCUCCUCCAGCUCUCACUACCAGGAGGUAAACUUCAAACUACUGACACACUGGUACCGCACACCCUCUGUCCUCAGUCGAUACAUCCCGUCUAUACCGAACACCUGCUGGAGAUGCAAUGCGGGCCCCGGAACGCUGCGACACAUCUGGUGGGACUGCACAGUCAUUGAGCCAUACUGGAGGAAAAUCGAACGCGAAGUUCGGAACAUUUUAGACGACCCUCCAACCCUGACUAUGGCAGCCGCCCUUAUACACCACACGGAACAACCACUUGGCUCUUACAAGAAGUCAAUUCUGAGACACCUGCUGAACGCUGCUAAAUCGCUGAUCCCGCUACACUGGAAGAAACAAGAACCACCCACGACAGAACAGUGGAAAAGUAAGGUGGAAGACAUACGAAUGGCGGAAGCCAAAAUAGCAGAGAUACUGGGGAGAGAAGAACGACAUACGGAGACAUGGAGACCUUGGCUGGCAUAUGUAACAUAGAAGGUUACCCCAUGCGUCAAACAGGUGGACGCUUUCCACACCUUCCCCUCCCCACAUUUUUUUUUGUCCUCUCCUCCUCUCUUUUCUUCUUCUUUUCUUCUCUAACUCUCCUAACCUAUAACAUAACACAAGGAUCACGGAAACAUAACAACCUGGUGGGUGCCACACCACACCAUAGUAAAAAUACAGCUAAAGGAACAGCUACAUGCCAAUACACACUGGGCACACAAAAGCAAACUCAGAAUGAACCAUUAAACAAACACACCUAGUUACAGUUCUAGUGCUGACUGGAACGCACGGAGACAACCACGAGCACUCUAAGACAUGGUCACCCACGAAAGCGGUUUAUACUGCCUGGUGGUCGGCCAUCUCAGAAAGCAACCCCAAACGGAGGUAAAGACAAACAUGCAUUAGCUGAAGUAGUGACCAAGGGAAGGGAGACCCAGGACCGUAAGACAAGCCCAACACAAUGUACAGAACAAUAAAGAUGCACAAACGAACCACAGUAUAACACACAACGCUAAAGAAUAAAAUGCAAGAGGUAAAGGUACAUAGGACACUAGUAUAACCGCCCACACCGGACAUCCGGCCGAAAUCCGACACAGAUAGAAGUCCAGAAAGUAGGGGGCUACCAAUGUCCAGAGAUUGUGCCAAUGCCCGGAUAAAACGAAACUGACCAUGAGAUAGGGAUCCCCAUAGCGGAAGGAAAUAAACCUAACCUCUAUAGUUAAAAGAGCGCCCCAUGAUUCCAGAGAACGCAAAAACGAAGGGGAACAAGGAAAAGGUGGAGGAGGAGGAGAUGGGGGGGGGAGGUAGAGAGGGGAGAGGGACAGAGAAGGAAAGGGUACAGGAGAAGAAGGAUGAGAAGAGGGGAACUACAGGAUGGAGGGGAAGGGGGGGAAGGAAAGGAGAGAGGAAGGGAAAGGGAAUGAAGGAGAUAGGGAACCUAUAGACACAUGAGGUUAAUAAAGCCUAUAAGUAUCUAGGAAUACUGGGUAAAUGUUAAAUACUUAACUAAUUGUCACUGUAAGUGAGACCUGCGUGUCUCCCGAUCCACUAUUGCAUGUUUGAUUGUAUAUGCUACAGCAAAUCUAUACAAAUAAACUUAUAUUUACAAAAAAAAAAAAACCUGCUAAUAUGGGGUUCCCAGACCAGCAAAGCCAAUAUUCCUCUUCUCUAAUCCAAUAUUUGGUAAGUCGAGCCUCCAUUAAAUUACGUAAGAGGACUCUGUCUUGGAACUCUACUGAUCCACUUCAACAGGUUCAGAAAGCAUCUUGGAGGCUGUAUAUAUCAGAGUUGAUCCUAGACAAUGUGGAAACAGCAAGCUGCAGAAUCCUAUGUCAGCAAAAUUAUACCUCAUAAGUACAAGCAAAUAAGGCCUCAUCACAGGUGGAACAUUGAGAGGGAGAUCAAGAUAACUUGCUUCUGGCACGGGCCACCAAUACUUCCACCUAGGUGCUCCAAACCUCACCAUUAACGUGCAUGGUACUACACGUGGAGUACAUUGAUGAUUGCAGCCACCAUGAUACUACACAGAUAUGUAGCCUACGAGAAACAGAAGAAUUCCAGUGCAGUUGCGGAACAUGCUUACUGAAAUUUUCAAUUCUAUCCUAAACACAGAUGUGCACGUACAUAGAAUACAUAGAAUUUGUUUGAGUGCAGAUAGCACUGAGGCCGAGUGGCAUUCCCAGCAGCUUUGCUUAAGAUGCUGUCUGUUUCCUGAUGAAAUAUUGGUUUAAGGAAAAGGAAAGAUAACCUGGUACCACUGGCUCAGGUUCUGCAGUUGGCAUCAUUCCUCCAACAGUGGCCAAAGCUACUGAACCUUUAGUCCCCCAGGCUGCGAGAGCACCAACUGAAACCCUAAGCACAGCAUGCCCAAAGACACAGGUAGGAGACCUUGCGACUUGCUGAAAUCCCUGUUUAAAUAUUCAUGCAAGUUCACUAUCACCUGCUAGAAUAUGGGGCAUCAGAUAUCCUAAUAAUUUCAUAGGAUCACUCUUGCUCUUUUUGAGUUAUGAUGGAUCCCAUCAUACUACCUUACCUAAACUCUCUAUAGCUCCUAGAUAAUUUCUGUAAUUUGGCAGCUAAUGGUCAUUCCUAAAGAAACAUGCUACCAUCUUUCCCAUCAACUGUGAGAAUUCAAGUGGAUUGGAUCUCUUGUCACUUCACAUUAGGUACAUAAAAUCAACCACUGUAUUUUUAACAAAUUUGCUUUAUGUAGGAAAUGUUCUUUAUCUGUAAUAUAAUUUUAAAGUUGUUGUACUGCACUUAAUCAUCUGAUAGGGAAAAGGUGAGUCACUGGGACUGAGACGCUAGUGGAUCUAUGAAGGGGGAGCACUGGGAGGUGUGUUGCACAUUAUGCCAUUCAUCAUUCUUUAGGUCAUCCCUGGACAAUACAGUAAUAUCAAAAUAUUCUAAUAUUUUAAACGAUCCACAAAUAUUAAAUCAUUUGAAAAGUUAAUCCAAAAAUAACUAAUCAAGGCUGUAAUUUGGCAGUAGCCCUCUAAAGCUUUUGGCACUUGCUUUCAAGUAGGACAUAGAUCAGAAAGACAAAUGGAGAAAGAUUUAUGUUUUGAAGCAUCUAAGAUCUGCUGCUUUUCUGGGGGUUUUUUUUCACUGCUAAUUCAGAUGUCAGCAGAGGGUGUCAUUUAAUAGUUCAUCCUCCAGAUAGUGUGGAAUCUCAGUUUUUCUCUCUCCCACAUGGUGCACUUCAGAUUCCCCUUCCCAGAAGACCUAUUGGGGUGCCACUGAUCUUCAGUUAGAAAGAUGAAUCAGGAUGAAGUCACUGAUUUCCAGUACAAUUGAGAAAAUAAAUCAAGAUGAUGAAUGACAGAAUCUGCAGCGCAACUCUUCAGCCACAGUACAUACAGAGCUUCUGCUUCUGUUGGCUAUGUAAUAGUCAGAGGGGCAAUCAGUCAGUCCAAGCAUAAAGGGACACUCCAGGGAUCAACACUACUUUAAUGACUUGGUAGGUUUUGGCCGCAAUAAUAAGCUGUAUUUUUUGCACGCUCAAAUCUUUAUAAUUUACUUUAUAGUUGAAUUUUUAUUAGUUUUGGGGUACAGAAGGAAAAAAAGGGGGGGACUGUUGGUACAUUGUCAAAUGCUCCUCAACUUAUAGCAAGUACAUUGAUCGCAUGUAUGGUUCGUUGUUGGUAUAUUUGGGAAAGAGGUUGGGUACAGAAAUCAAAGAGGUAGGGGUUAGGGGUAAAAAGUGGUACCAUUUCUUGUCUUCCCUUCUCAUGAGGGUGCUUGACAGCCAUUUGGUCAUCCUACCCCUUACAUCUCCAUGGGGUUAUGCUUUCCUCAGGGCUACAUUCUCAGUGUACCAGUGUGUCUUUCAUCCAUUAUAGUGUAUAGAAAACCUUCGCACCAUGACGGGUAUGUUUACUGUCAGGUCCCUGCUGUUGCUAGUGCGGGAAAGGAACAGUUAGGAUUGCCGGCAUGGUUCACUUCCCCGUCCAAUUCCAACUAUCUGGUACCUAUGUCCUGCCUGCGGGAAGCUUGUGGGUUGUCAACAAGCCCUUGCGUGGUCAUGUUCUUGGAUUUUAGGGAUCAAGAGUGGAUGGUGGGAUGCCUGGAAGUGGUCUGUCUCGGGUGUUGAGCGUACUUUAGUCUAAAUGGGAAGGGAAUGCUCUUUCCCUUAGUGGUUUCCCAUUGGACAAGGAAAUGGGAUGGGGAGAUAACUGGGGAAAACAGAAGUGUCCUCAAAUCACUACACCACAUCUAACCUAGUGUCUCCUUGCAAUGUAUAAACAAUGUGGUGGGGUGUAGAUAUCGCCUUUUGAUUGGUUCGGGGUGUUUUGUUUUUGGGUUUUUUUUAUACUUAACUUCUCUACCCUCCUUAUUAUAGUAUUCCUAAAGAGAUUAGGUAACUCUUUGGCCCCGUAUAUAUGUUGUUCAUAACUCUUUUGCUGAAGUGCAUUCUUUACCCAUUUUUGUUUGUAUUACCUCAUAUUCCAGAGAAGUGGAGACCAGCGUGACAACUUCCGAAAUUGAGGGAAUUAGUGUGAUUUUCCACUUUUUUUGCCAAAAAUUUAGAAGCUGAGGUGAGAGUGAGGAUUAUUAGCUUGGCUAUACAUUUGGGUAUAUAAUCUGGUAUUAGUUUGAGUAGUAUGUUUCGAUGUUGUGUUCUAGAAUACACGCUGUUGCUCCCCUCACUAGAUCUGCGACUUGUCUCCAGUAUGGCUGUACUAACUUGCAUGACCACCAUAUGUGGAGAGAUGACCCUUCUUGUGUUAGACAUUUCCAGCAUCUAUCACUUGUGUUGGGAUAUAUUGCCUUAAGCCAUGUGGGUACCAUGUACCAUCUGUACAACAGUUUUCGUGAAGCUUCCAGUUGGGAAGCGCAUGUCGAAAGGCCUUUGUGGGUUGCAUAUAUGCUGUUCCAUUCCUCUUGUGUUAGGGGCUUGCCUAUAUCUUUAUGCCAUUUUGCCAUAAAGCACCAGGUAGGUUCGACCUGGUGUGUGUUGGUUAGCUUAUAGCAUACCGACAAUGUUUUUUGUAUUGGAGUUUGGUGGAGGCACAUCUUAUCAAAAGGUGUGAAAUUGGUGUCAAAUGUGGGGUGGGGAUUGGUCCCUGUGGAUUUGGUGAAAAUCAAAUUAGUUGCCUAUUAGUUGCCAAUACAAGAAUGUGAGAUUGGGUGGUGUGUUAUGUGAUGUCUGCAAUUCAGGUAGCGUGCGGAGCCCAUGUUGAGUGCACAUUUGAUGUAGGUGUGUAAGAUUAUAUGUCUUCAAUUGUUUUUAAUGGCAUUGCCAUAGACCAAGGCCUGGUGAAGCAAAUUUUGUCCCUAUGGCUGUCCCACAUAUUUAUCAUUAGCUUGGUGGUGGGUAAAAUACCUGAGGAUAUAUUCCUCAGUCGUCUUGGUGCCCAUAUUGUUGCUGACAGGUCUGUCCCACUACACUGUUUUUCUAUCUCUAUCUCUGUAUGUGGUAGAGUGUAUGGUGAGGAUGUUUUCAAGAUGUGUUGCCUGGCAGUACACCUUCAGAUUGGGGAAUUUGAGACCUCCUUUGUUGGUCAGUCUCAUAAGUAAAGUGCGUGGGACUCUAGGGCAGUGAUGGCAAACAUUUGUGAGCCCGAGUGCCCAAACCGCAAUACAAACCAACUUUUUUUCCUCAAAGUGCCAACACGGCAAUUAAACAUGGAAAUUAUACACACUGAAACUCACUGAUACUCAGACAAUCACAGAUACACAUACACUAACAUUUAUACACUGACACUCACAGACACACACUCACUGACAGACAGACACACAGUGACUGACAGAAACACACACACUCACAGACACACACACUCACUGACAGACACAGAGUGACUGACAGAUAAACACGCACUCACAGACAAACACAUUGACAGACAUACACACACAUUAACUGACAGACACACACUCAUACACAUUUCCCCCAUCACUUACAAAUUACUACUAUUGGGAGAACUGGAUUGGAUUCCUCACCUGGGGUCCAGUGAGGCUGCAGGGGCUGCUUGCGCUGCUGAACAGUCAUGCAGGGGGCAAACUGGCAGAGUAGGCAUCAAGGGAGCUCUGAUCUUUCUGCUCAGCUCCCUUGCACCUGCCGCUUAGUGAUGCCGGGAGCCGGUCUGACGUCAUAUUCCAGCUCCUAGCAUGUCAGAGCAGUACAUGAGGGAGCUGAGCAGUAAGAGCUCAGAUUACAGUACUCCCUCGCCGCCCGACCAAAAAUGAAGCUGCUGCCUGCCUCGGGGCUGCCCAAAGGUGGCCAGCCGGCCAGCUCCUGGGCCCCCAGGACAUGAGGCUAACAAGGCAUCUGCUGUGGUGUUUGGGGGGUUGCUUUUUUUCCGCCCAAGGCAAAUGCCUUGUUAGCCUUGCAGUGAAUACACCACUGGGCACCCUACCGGCGACCUAUGGCUGCAUGCCCACAGAGAGGGCUCAGCGUGCCAGCGUGCCAUAGGUUCACCAUCUCUGCUCUAAGGUGUCUUCAUCACCAGCUAAAUUUGAUCAAGAUAGCUUGUAGCUUUUGCAAAUACAAGUGAGGUAGGUGUAUUUGUAACGAGUGGAACAUGUAGAGAAUUUUCGUCAAAAUUGUCAUUUUGAUGGCCUCUAGUCAGCCUAGCCACAAUAGAAUUUUUUUCUGCCAUGAAUGUAUCAUGUUUUACACUUCUUUUAGAAGUUUGGCAUAAUUGGUGGCAAAAUGGUCUGUUACUGUUUUCGUCAGUUUUAUCCCUAGGAACGUCAGGAAGUCAUCCCUCCAGUCAUAGUUGAAUUUAAGCUUAUAUCGAUCUUCCUCUGUCUUAGGGAUAUUAAUGCACAUGGCUUGGGUUUUAGACAUAUUUAACUGAUAGUAUGAUUGUCUACUGUAUUCUUGUAUUUCUUUGUGGAGGUUCGGAAGUGAGAUCGUCGAGUUGGAUAAUGUGAGGAGAAUGUCAUUUGUCAAUAGGUUUAGUUUGUAUUCUUUGUCGCCUAUGAUGAUCCCCUUGAUGUCCUGGUUGAUACGGAUAGCUAUUGCCAGCGGUUACAGCGCUAGCACAUAAAGCAAUGGGGAAAAAGGACAGCCCUGACGUGUUCCGUUUGUGAUUGUGAAUGCAGUGGAACUGAAGCCGUUGCUAAAGGGGAACUGUAAAGGGCCGUGACUAUGUUCAAGAAGAUAGAUAGGAAGCCGUACUGUGUCAACAUUACGUGUAAAAAGCGCCAAUUGAGUCUUUCGAAUGCUUUUUCAGCAUCGAGUGAGAGCAGUGUGCUCUUUUGUUUGGAUCAGUUGAGGUAAUGGAGGAUAUCUAACACUAUUCGCGAAUUAUCUGGGCCUUGUCUGCCGGAUACGAACCCAACCUAAUCUGUAGUGACCAGGCUGGGUGUAAUCAUUUUAGCCUUUCUGCGUAUAAUUUGGCGUCUGUGUUUAACAGGGAAAUUGGUCUAAAUUUGGGCAUAGUGUUGGUGAUUUCCCGGGCUUGGGAGGGUUAUGAUGUGGGCUGCUAGAAAUUCUGAUGGUAGUGACCCCAUCUGAGUAGCUAGAUUAAAGGCUUGUGUUACAUAUGGGCUCAGCAUGGAUUUAAAAGUAACGUAGUAUAAGUUCGUGAGGCCGUCUUGAUCUGCGGCCUUCCCCUUGGGCAUGGCUUCUAUAAGAUGUGUUAUGUCAUGGGUUGAGAUUGGACCAGUGAGGUGUAUGAUUUGGUGUUUUUGAAUCUUAGGUAAGUUAAGUUUAUUCAGGUAACGUUAUAGUUUAUUUUAACAUAAUAUCUGCUGGUUUUCCAUUUAAUGCUGAUGAACUUUUUAAAUGGUUUCAGCCACGUACUUUCCUAGAAGACAGUAACUGAAGUAGAGUUCUGUAGAGUUUUGUAUGGUUUCAAUUAACAUUUGCUAUAUGUAGAGCAAAACCACAUCUGUUUCCACAUCUUAGCUGGAACCAGGGAAACCUUUAGCGCUUCUGUCCCAGUCGCUCUCAGUCCUGGAACAGAAUAGGGGACUAGCUCUAUUCCCUCCCAGGGACAGGACAACACACAGUCCUGGGAGCUGUAGUCCUUCCCCUGCUGAAUCAUCCACGAAAUGGAACAAGGUGCUGAGCAGUGAUUAGCCCUUUUCCUCUCCCAGUAACUGGGAGUGCAACUGAUUUUAAUGAGCCAAAACUUGGCCUUUUAUGCACAGAUCUCAGCAUAGGGUCUCCAUGGUAUUCAACACAAGCCCUUCCUAGGAAUGUCUAGGCCUGGGAGAUAAUUAAGUUAAAGAUCGGUAAGCUAAUUAUCUCGCAGGAACAAAAAAAUAAAAGUACACCGAAUAAUAAAUCAUACAAUGAUCCCACAUAUUAUACCUCCCCAAAUAGCCCUGAUCUGAGCGCCUAAGUUGUCCAAAUAGUGCUCAGAUUCAUGCAGUGUAGGGAAAACGCCACCGUGUCAAAGUUCUGACCGGCCGCACAUGUGGUCCUAUGCCCAAAAUAGUUUCAGGGCGUUUGGUGUUUUUGCCAGUAAACUUUCGGGGGCUCCUGCUUCCGAAAUACAGAAUGCUCCACCUGGUUCUCAGGUAGCAUUUGUUCUCCUUAGUCUCAGGCACCUUCCCUCCAAAAAGCGCUCUCCUGGCAGGUUGCAAAGUUUAUCAAAACCCAGGACCAAAUUGCCCGGGAACCACAAGCUCACCUCAUGCUGAAAACAGUUCCAACUCAUCAAGUACCGCUGAGUUGACCAGGGACCAACGAAGUCCUCAUAAUGAAAUUAGUUCCAUAGCGGUUGCAGCUAAGUACCACUGAUGACAAUUUGUGGGUUUGGUUCAUGCGAACAGCCGCCAGAGAACUAGCGUUCGGUUCCAUUCAAAUGAAAGGAAGGUGCCGAACCAGGGGCACCCAGGGAAAGCUGCUAAUGGCAGCUGGGCAGGGUAACUUCCAAAUGGUGUCUCAGACCUGGACCAUAGUCGAUGGGCAGUAGGCCAGCUUCUACACUCCUCCAGGAGUUCAUGGCAAAUGUACGUGGGAAGGAGCGUUUGUCACAAUAUCAUUAUAAUAAAUAUGAGCUUUUUUGGAGGGAGGGAGGCAAUUACCUCACACUAGAGUGGUGAGGGGUAGCUAGUUUUUGACACACAGGUAGCACUAUGAAGUGAUUUAAGGAUACAGUGGUUUCUGAAGACAUUGAAUUGUAGUAAAAUAAAAAAAUAAAUUGACACAUUUAGGCUAAAUUAGUUAAGUUGUGAUUAUAACUGAACUCGAUAAUGCUUCUAAACCAGAAUUGUUUGUCUAUUUUUAUCAAUCGGUUUAAUUUCUUUACAAUUCAAUAUUUAGGGAUUAAAUUCCUUUUAUUUCAUUUAUGCCGCUUGAAUGGCGUUUUGAGUGUAACAGGAUCAACUAAUUUUGUGCUGGUGUCGCAGUUACAAAUAAUCUUGAAUUUCUGUUAAGAUUACACAAGGUUAAGUAAUUUGUGAAGUAUGCAAAGUGUUAUCACAAGCUACAAAAUUGAGGUCUACUCACCAUUUUUUCUGAUAUUUAUUAAAUCGAGAUGUUAUAGUUUUGAAACCUAUUGAUGGGUAUGUAAGCCACCAUCCUACAGCAAAACAAUAGAGCAGUGAAGUGGAUGAGCCAUUGAUGGAUCUCCAUGAAUUUACAGAAAUUCCAGGGCAUCCAAAUGAUUUUUUUCCCCUGAAUCUCACGAGAGGAGAGAAGUCAAUAGCCAUGAAUGCAGCACCCUCCGUGAAAAACAAGAGCUGCAGGGACCAAACUUAAUUUUGCUUUAUUAUAUUUAAUAUAAUUUGCUUUUAGCUCAUAUAGCCAGUAGGACUUUUUAAUGUUAUCACCUUAUGUUCAUUUCAUCUCAGGAAUUUCUUAGGAAUUAUCUCAGGAGCUACUCAGCACAAAUCUGCUUUAAUCAUUUUUUUAAAGAUAUUUCUAAAUGAUUUCUCUUAAAUAAAUAACAAAAAUAUUAUAUAACAUGCCAAAUGGGUCACUGAGCUAUAUUAUAUUACAUGCCAAAUGGGUCACUGAGCUAUAUUAUAUUACAUGCCGAAUGGGUCACUGAGCUAUUUUAUAUUACAUGUCGAAUGGGUCACUGAGCUAAUUUUACAAUUGAAAAGUGAGUUACCAAGUUAAUGUAUAUAAGCAUAUAGAUAUGUAUAUAAUCUGAAUAUGAGCCUGGGUGUCUGUUAAAUGUGUUUACAAAACCACUGCUUCUAACCUUUUCAGAAGAAGGAUCAUUGUAUGCCUGAAAAAAUAUAUAAAUGACCCUCGGGAUUCAUACCAUAAGUUGUAGAACAAGGCAAAGAUUUAAAAAUCACAUUUUAUAAAACUAAAAAUUGAACUUUCUUUGAUUUCCAAAUAAGUGAGAUAUAUAUAUUUUACAAGACAUGGUAUUUUGUACUAUUCUAACAAAUAAAAAAGGGAGAAUGUCAGCCCAGGGGACACAUUCGACCACCAGGUUAUUCAAUAAAGUGUCAGUUGUCAGGUAUUGAAAUUUUUUUGCACAUUUUAGGCAAAAAAAAAGAGGUAAUGGGAAAAUGUGAAAAAUUUUAAAUAUACACAAUAGUGAAUAAUAAUUCUAAAAACACAACACUCAUAGAUAUUGAUUUAAAGUUCAGAUAGCCAAUGAUUAAAAACUUAAAGUGUCUAGUUAGUGAAACUAGCUUACAUGAUUUCCGACACUGGUUAUAUAUCCAGUAUUACCUUUUGGAAUGUAACCAAAGGGACAUUUACUCUCUUCUUCAAAUACAACGGCCGAAACGUUUAUUUAUUUGAAACUGCUUGUUUUUGUGAAUAGAUUUUGCCCAAACUACCUAUUCCUCCUCUUCAACAAACCAUGGACAUGUAUCUAAAGUGCAUGAAACAUCUAGUGUCAGAAGAACAGUAUAAGAAAACCAAACAAAUAGUGGAGAGGUUUGCAUUGCCUGGAGGUGUGGGUGAAAUGUUACAGCAAAAACUAUUGGAGAAGAGAGACAAUACAGAAAACUGGGUAAGACAUGAACCAACCGAAGUUGUCUAAUUACACGAAUUGCUAUAACUCGUCUAUUUGUUGCAAAUGUCAGCUAACUAUCCAUGCAUUCAUUUGUUGUGCGAUAACCACUAAUGGCUUAAACUGAUCAAUCUCCAAAUUGUUUAUCUACAGAAGGACUAACUAAAUUCGAUGGAAAUUAAUGUAACUAAAUCAUUUGGAAAGUGGAUAGAUUUUCUAACAGUAUGGAAUCAUUUGGAAAGCUUAUUAAAUUAAGACCCACAUUACAAAAUAUAGGACAAUAUGCAUAAAAUAUAUGGAAAAUGAAUUGAGUUAGAAGGAUACUAUAGGCACUCAGACCACUUCAGCUCAUUGAAGAGGUCUGGAUACAGCAUCCCUAUUGCACUUAGAGAAACUGCAAUUUUUACAUUGCAGCACUAAGUUUCCUCCAUCUGCUGUCUACUAGGCACUACUUGGAUGUUAACGGACCUUUGGUCCGGUAACUGAUGCUGGAAGUCCUCACGCUCUCCAUGAGGCCAUGCAGCAUCUGCUAUUUUCCCAUAGGAAACCAUUUAUUCAAUGCUUUUCUAUGGGGAGGCCUAGUGCUUUUAAUCCUUCAAGGGACACUGGAAGUAGUUAAUAAUAAAGUUUUUUUUAACCCUUUUAUUUACUGCACCAGGGGGGCGGAGGGGCAGGGUGCAAGGCAGGGGGAAGGCAGAGGGAGCUAUAGUGCCAAGAAUAUAGCUUUGUAUUCCUGGUAUUAUAAUCUCCCUUGAAGUGGAAGAACUGUUUUCCAACUGUGCAAUAUAAUUUGAAUGUUGUAACUAAAUUGUCAUUUAACCACAAUGUCCUCUUAAAGUACCACUAUAAGCACCCAGACCACUUCAGCUUAAUGAAGUGGUCUGGGUGCCAGGUCCAGCUAGGGUUAACCCUUUUUUUUAUAAACAUAGCAGUUUCAGAGAAACUGCUAUGUUUAUGUUACGGUUAAUCCAGCCCCUAGUGGCUGUCUCAUUGACAGCCGCUAGAGGGCUUCCACGUUUCUCACUGUGAAAAUCACAGUGAGAAGACGCCAGUGUCCAUAGGAAAGCAUUGAGAAUGCUUUCCUAUGGACUGGCUGGAUGUGCGCGCAGCUCCUGCCGCGCAUGCGCAUUCAGCCGAAGAUGAGGAGAAGAGGGAGGAGAGGAGGAGUAGAGCUCCCCGCCCGGCGCUGGAGAAAGGUAAGUGUUUAACCCCUUCCUCUCCAUCCAGCCCGGCGGGAGGGGGACCCUGAGGGUGGGGGCACCCUCAGGGCACUAUAGUGCCAGGAAAGCGAGUAUGAAAAAACUGUUGAAAAAUAAAUCAACAAGCUAAUGCCACGUUUGUCGUUUGGGUCCCUGUCUAAGAAGGUAUUUAAAUAGUCCUCUCUGUAAGCAGGGUGCAGGUUAACAUUUUGGAGAUUAUAAUACCUAUUUAUUUCUAUUAUAGAUUGAUCGUAAUAAUAACAAACUGUUACUGUAGUGCUUCAAAGCAAUCUGUGCACACUCUCAGGCAUAACAGAACUGGCAAAUGAUAAAUGUGACUAUGAAUCAACUCAAUAUUACUAUUUUUAUCAGUAAAAAGAUGAGCUGUGCUUGUGUGUUCACACUCUGAGACACUCUGAGACACUCUGACUCUGCAAACCAGAGGUCUGAGUAAGUUCUCUAUUAUGUGUGCUUACUAAGUGAGCUUUCUUACCUGUCUUGUCAAAUUGUUGAAUAAUGUAACAUUUUAUGGUUUUAUUAACUCCUUUAGGUCCCAUGACAUUGCAAGACGAACAUAAUAAAAAGUGAUUUGCUGGACACUGGUGCUUAAUGUAUAUGCAGUGGUCAGGGGAACUGUCACUGCUCUCGAAUUUAUAUAAUUAAAUAAAAUGGUUGAAAAUUAAUUUUGUUUUACUUGUAUAUUAAAGAUUUAGCCAAGAUAUCUACCAGUUCAGAAAAAGCAAAGCUAGGGGAGAAAUAGUAACAUGUCUUCAGUUCUCCUCUUCCCUGUAUGCUCUUUAUGUUAACUGCCAGAUGCAAAGAAGAGAGCUUAGAAAAAUUAAUUGCAAAAAUCUAGGAUGGAGGCACCCAGUAGCAGGUUAAAGCUAGAAUUUGCAAAGAUCUCCAACAGUGACAUCGUUGCUGGGAUCCAAUGUCCGGGGAGGGUGAGUUCUACUUACCCGUCCCUCACAGGAGCUGUCAUCUUAACUUCCAGGUGGAGGAAAAAUACAUCCGACAAAUUAGUUCCUACUUUAUUUUAUAUUUUUUGUUACAAUAAAGAAUAAGUUGAUCUAAUAUACAAUUCUAUUUGAAACAGAGAGAAGAGGGGGUAACCCAUAGUUGCAAACUGAAAAAAAACAGUUGAGUACAUUCUAAUAAGGUAGAAGGGAGCAUAACUUUUAUUAAAGAUAAAAAAAAAAAUAUUUCGAUCACCAUAAAAAGUAUAAAAUAAAUUGGCCAGCUUCUACAAUUGUCAAAAAAUUCUCACAGCUAAGGAGGUGGUAUUGUUGGAUAUAUAAUGCUAAAUAUCAAGUGUCCUUGCUAAUUGCUACACUAUCAGCUACUUAGAUUGGUAUCUUUACUUAAGAAAGGUUAACCCCUUAAGGACACAACUUCUGGAAUAUUUCCGUCAUGUGUCCUUAAAGGGUUAAAGUCAAAAGUAACCAUUUAGCAACAGACAGAACAGUAGUUACUCACCAGUACAUGAAUGAGUGAAUAACAUUUACCACUUAAAUUUAGAGUAAAAAAAUAAAAAAAUAAAAAAUAUUUAUGUUGCAAUAUUACCAAAAUUAAAUCCCUAAAUUAAAUACAAAAUUAGGUAGCACAGCAUUCCACUAUAUUAUAAGCAGCAUAAUGCUGAAAGUGAGUAAUAUAUUGCCCAAUCAACACUCUGACUUACCCUAAUUCGCCUUCAAUGACACCUUUCAUCUAAAUUCAAUCAAAGCUAUGAUAUCUGAAAGUCCCUAUCAUCCUGAAGCUGUAAGUAUAAAAGUCUAUGAAUUAAUGUAAAUCAGAAGGAAAACACACGCAAAAAACUCUCGAUGAUUCCCUAAUAUCUAAUAGAAUAUCGGCAUUUGAAAUUAAAGCUUGUCUUAGAAUUUUCUUGUAGAGUAAGGGAAUACCCCAUGAGGUCUUCUUCUUUGUUAGAAUAUACUAUAUAUAAAAUUUAAAAAAACGAAAAAAAUUUAAAUGAAAGAGGAAAAAAAGAGGAAGUGGUUGGGAGAAGGUAGUACGGCAUGACAGUGCCACUUUAAUUUUACUUUUUAAAUCACACACAUACAUAUUUGUUUAAUAUAGGGAGUUUUUAGUAACCUCAUGUAAAAAUGCCUGGGAAGUAACAAUGACCCUUUAAGGUAAUCUGUCUAACAACAAUGAUAUGGUUAAGAAAUAACUCAUUAUCAUUAAAAACACUGUAAAAAGCAAUAAGGCAUAAUUCAUUGCUCUUAAGAAAGGCACUUAACACAAUCCAUGAGUCAUUGCACACCAGACUACCUUGCAGACAGGUAAUUUUGUAUUACCUAUGUUAGAGGUUAAUAAAACCAAUAUCCAGAGAGAAACUUUUUAACAUGUUUUUCUGAACAAGCUUGAACUCUUCUUCAAUGUAAAUAGGACCAUAUCUAUACAAAACUUAAUGAAACCGAGCUCAGCAAAUUUGAGUGGAUCUGUAUAACACUGGAGAAAAUUCCAUUCAUUUCAGUCCCUUCAUCGUUUUCUCCAAAGAUUAAUUUUUGGAUCGAUCUGUAAUCAGUUCCAUCUCAAGAUUGUCUUGAGAUAAAUUUGAACAUUCAUAGUUCCAACAAAUGAUUACUGAGUCUUAUGUUUUCUAUAUUUUAUAUAGCUAAUGCAUGCACUCUUUCUUCCCUUUUUUCUUACACCAAUUGUCUGUCUCUGGGAAAGACACUUUGCUUUGAAGAACUUAACACAUAUGUUUCUUUGUGUAUUUCCUCUGUUCCCACUCUCAGAUACAUCAAUACUGGCUUGAUGACAUGUACCUCAAUAACCGUCUUCCAUUACCAGUUAAUUCCAGCCCAGCAGUAAUAUUUGCUCGUCACAACUUCAAGGACACCAAUGACCAUUUAAGGUAAUUUUGAGAAACCUUCCAUUUCACUGUGAUUCAUAUGAAUACUAUUCCGUUUGGCAAUCAUAGAAUUCCAGGAAUUUCAAAUCAUUUUUCUUGUUAAGUACACAGGAAAACUUUGCUAAAUCCAUAGGUAUCUUUCUUCAACCGCCUUUUUUUGCACAAAUAAAACAGGGCCAUUAUAGAACUUUAGGACCACAGGACUCAAAAUUGGUUAAUAGGUUGUGGUGAAAAUGCACCAAUAGAAGAUAUAUAGUAAGGACUGGAGGAGGAAUGGUUAAGAUUGGGGAAAUGUUGCCAUGAAGAGGCAGCAAUAAAAGAUUUACGGUUAGGAUUGGAGGGGGAAGUUAAUAGUGGUGAAAGUAUUGCUGUGUGGGUACCAGUAAUGGAUUUUUGGAGACACUUGAAGGAAUCCUCAACUAUUUUUCACUAGUGCAUUUUAUAAGAUUUAUUUAUUUUAGUUUUUUAUUUCGUAGUCAGGCAAUACAGUGAGAGGCAGAUACAAUAUACAUCGGCAAUAACAGUAGAUACAUUUUAUACAUUUUCAAUAUCCCCUUAUAGUUAGCAUUUGGUAUAUAGUAGUGUCUUGCCCACCUCUAUUGUCGCAGCGUUAGCAUCAGUGAUAUUCCUGGUACUUCAAUGUUUUAAAUAAUAAUAACAGGUAACUAUGUACAUGGUAUUCAAAAUCCAUAAAAGGAAAAAAAAACUACAAGAACAUAGUAUCAGUGUAAGAAAUGAGUAUAGGUCACUAUUCAAGGAAGGCAUUCGGGUCGAUGACCGUUAAGGUUGCCUUGCACCUAUUUACUCGGCCACUGAAGGGAUUACUGUGGAGUCUCAGGGUGUAGGUCUGGUGUCUAAAGAUGGGGUAGAGGCAUCUACCAUUGACCCCAUUACAACUUCAGGGGAGGAGGUCCCCGUCUGGGUGGGGUUAAUUCCAUUCCCGGUGCAAUUCCUAUUAUCUGCGUGCUGUACCCAUUUGCCUCCAUCGUGGGAAUAGGAGGAGUAAACAGUGAGUUCCUCCAUUCCGUAAUCAUAGGGACCUGGGGGGAUCGCCAAUGAAAUGGGACCAGGAACUUCGCCACCAGCAAAAGUAGUGGGAGGCAUGAUUUUUUCAGUUUGGACAAUGAGAGAGUUGUAUGAAGCAGUAAGAUUUCUGCUGAGGUUGGGUUUAAAGGUCAGUGAUGCUGCUGAUCAGGGGUAUAACUUUAUCCCAGAACUUCCGUAUUAGAGGACAGGACCACCAAAUAUGCACAAACGUUCCCCCAUCUAUCCCACAUCUCCAGCAGCUGUCUCGGAGGGUAGAGUACCACCUGUGUAACUUGUCUGGGGUGUGAUACCAUCUCUCACAAGCUUCAGCUCGACCUCCAAUAGCCCAGAACUCAUCACCAGAGAGUAAUAGCUUGAACAUUUUUUUGGAACUGGUGAGUGGUAAGGGAGAUACCAAGUUCCAUUUCCAAUGCCUUGGUUAUUUAUCUGUGUCUGUAAUGUUCUGUAUGACUCCGAAAGGAGAUGUCUGGGACAAAGGCAUGUGAUGGCGGUCCGCUUUCGAGGUCAGUUUGACACCUAAGUACGUAAGGGAGGUCUUGUUUUCCCUGAACGGGUAGUGCAUCUUAAUUUCUCUGGCUGUCCGUGGCCAAGUAUUCGGAUUUGUCAUAGUUGAUGGAGAAGCGAGGGAGGGUGCUGUAGCACUGCAUCUCCUGUAUCAGCGCCGGUAGUGACUGCAGGGGAUUGGUGACGGUAAAUAAUAAGUCAUUGGCAUAGGCUGAGAUUUUUUAGUACUCGGCUGCCGCUGUAAAGUCUGCUAUGAGUGUAUUAGCUCUGACAGUAUUUAGUAAAAGCUCCAGAGUCAGUGCAAAAAGAAGGGGGGACAAGGGGCACCCCUGGUGCGUUCCGUUCCUUAUUUGCACUGAGUCCGAAAACAAACCAUUAACUCUAAUCUGCGCUGUUGGACGGGAGUACAACGCCUCAAUCCAAACCCUCCAGCGUGGGCCAAAUCCCAAACUCUGCAGGAUCCCCCCCAGGAAGAGCUAGUCCACCCGAUCAAAUGCUUUCUCAGCAUCAGUUGACAAAAAGAGGGAUGGUGUUUUCUGCAUUGCAGCCCUAUGUAUGAGGUUGACCACUCUUAUGGUGUUCUCUUUGGUUUCCCUCAUGGGGACAAAUCCAACCUGAUCUGGAUGCACCAGCCCACCGCUGAGGGGUCUAUAUUUAGUAAAGAUAUGGAGUGGUAGCUCCCACAGAGCUCUAGGUCUUUACCCAGUUUGCCAAUUAAUUAUAUGUAUGCUUCUAAUGAUUGGGCCAUGCUCUCUUUGUUCUGUGCUGUUGCAUUAAAAGCCAUGAUGAAAAAUGGGGUCAAUAGUGUCCCAGGUGGGUGUUCAAGUAUCAUUUCAGGGCAUGGUCUUGUGGUCACAUGGGAUCAUUCCACGUGGGAAUAUUAUACAGGUGUGUAUAGAAUUUAUAGAACUCUUUAGCAAUGUCUUCUGACUUAUGUGCUACACUACCCGAGUUGGUACGGAUACGUGCUAUGUAGGUGAGCUUUUGUCUCUGUUUAAGAGCCUUGGACAGGUACUUCCCACAUUUAUUUUAGAUAAUAUGUGUGUUUCGUGAGUAGGGAGCAUAGGGUCUUGGUGUCUAGAAGGUCAUUCGGUUUUACCCUGACAUUUGUCAACUCCGUGAGCUUGUCUGGGGAAAGGUAUUGUUUGUGUAAUUUUUCCAACAAUUGCAAUUUCAAUAAUAAUGUGUUAAUCUGCUUAGUUGCUGUUUCUUAAGGGUCGCCCUAAGUUUAAUUAAUUCCCCGCGUAUGAUACAUUUAUGGUCCGCCCAUAGCGUCAUUGGUAAUACGUCAGUGGUGUCAUUUUCGUAAAGUAAAUGGCCAGGGCAUCGCUGAUUCAGGCUGUUGGCUCAGGAAGGUGAAGUAGGGUUUCGUUCAGUCUCCACAACCGAUUAAAUGGUUGUGGCGAGUCUAUUUGUAGCGUCAGGGAUAUGUGGGCAUGGUCCGACCAGAGAAUUGGGCUUAUGUUUGUGUCGCUCACCAUAUGUAAAUGCCUGUGUGACAAUAGAAGCAGGUCAGUUCAGGAGUAGAAGUGUUGUGCCUGCGAGUAAAAAGUGUAAUCUCGUGUGGUCGGGUUUUGUAUCCGCAAGCAAUCUACCAAUUGGUGAUUGUGUAACAGCGCUCUAAUCGCUCUAAUCUUGCGUCUGUGUCUAGAGUCCCUGGUUAUAUUUGUGUUGGUGUUUUCCAGACGGGGAUCUAAGGUAAUAUUAAAGUCACCACCCACAAUCAUCAAUCCUUCCGUAAAGUCUGUAAGUUUGACUAGUAUUUAAGCUGUUUAAAGUUUGGUAAGUAAAUAUUUCCAAAAGUAUGCAUCUGUCCUGCUAAAUGACCCUUUACAAAUUUGAAUCUACCCCCCUGGUCCAAGAGGUGUGCCGUUGGGGUGAAUGCUAAGUUCCCUGAGAAUAAGAUUGCAGUUCCCCUAGAUUUGAUCUCCACAUGGUUGUUAAAGAAAACAAGCGGAAAUCUGUGAUCUUUCAGUGUUGGGGCUGUGGGGCCUUUAACCCCUUAAGGACACAUGUCAUGAUUCCCUUUUAUUACAGAGGUUAAAAUGGGUCUACUGAAUAAUUACUACUGAGAAUGGAAUUCAUGAAGUGCAAAUGCCCUCUUCUCAGGUACAUUCAACCCUUUGACGUUAAUAGAUAUGACCCUUAGCUGUGCCAUGUUCCGAGAUGUGUGGGUGGGACUAUUGUGUCGCUAUGCCAUCAAUGUGUCCUAUACAAUGCAAAGGUGAGAAUCACUAAAAUAACAAUAUGUCUAACUAAAACUAUGCACAACAAAAGAGUAGGUUUCGAGCGAUGAUGUUUACUUUAAAAGCGUGAUGGUAGCAAGAAAGAUCAUCUGCUCUAACAGUACAAUAAACUGUUUGAGGGUAGCGAAUUAUACUGUGAAGGUGGUCGCCGGGCUCCGGUCCUACGCUUCAUGCCCCACAAGCCCAAAGCAUUGUCGUGGGAGACAAAGCGGGGAGGGACCCAGAAUUUCCGCCCGAGUGAGUGCCAUAUCUCCUGAGAUAUAUAAGUCAAGUACACAUACACAUUUGCAACAGUUAUGAACAUUACCCAUCACGGCUACGACCUCGAUGUUCCACAGCUCCCCCAGAGUUCUGGAGGGACCCCAGCCCAGCGUGGCACCGGGCACUUUCCCAUUUCCCCCCCGUGUAAACCCACGGCAGAAAGAUGCUGUCCAUUCCCCUAACCCUGGUACCAACCCCGGUGACCCAGAGAGGACCCCAUUAUGAUGGAUUCUCUGGUGCAGCGAGGCGGCCCAGGGCCCAAUUUCCUCUUUCUCUACUUGCAACACAUGGUAUCCCGAGCUGCUCAGCAUCGGUCAAGUCAUCCGUUCAGCACCAUGGUAGCGGUAGUUCAUGUUGAGAUAUGUGAAUGAGUAUGAAAACUGGGGAUGGGGCUCUUGCAUGUGUAUCCUUUUACAGCAGCGCAGGGCCUGUGGCAUCAGUCCCCUUAAAGCGGAUUUGUUCUCAAGUGUUCAUUCUCCCAUGCGGGUCGGCACCCGGAUGGGCUGUCAUGGCCCUGGGCAAUGUCCCAUUCAUUCAUAGCAGGGGGCAAGGUCCAUGCUCACUCCAAAUGUUUAGGUAUGACCCAACAGAGGUCAUUCCAGCUAACAAUCCAUGUCUGGAUAAAGAAGGGAACAGUCUCGUACUUGAGUCCAAGCAUAAACCAUAAAGUUCCUACUGGUCAAAGAAGGUAGAAGAGCCCAGCUGUGUGUCCGCAAUGGUCAGGCCUGGGCGUUUUGAGUCCCUUGUCAGAAACUUUGUGUUGGGGUUUCACCAUACUUUAGGCCGGACCUGCAUUGGUAGUGCUUUGUGUUUCUCAGUUCAGUCGUCACCUCAAUGGGGUAGUGUCCCAUUUGUCUCAUUGACGGCGGGGUGGCACCGGUCUAGGAGCAAUAGUGCCAUGCCACGGCGGAAUAUCCGGGAUGUGUAAAUCCAGUUUCUGGGCUACUGGAGAGAUCUACUCGGGGCCCGUUAUAGUGUAAGAGAGGCCAUAAUGUGAAAUGGCCAGGCUGAGGGGGAAUCCCCAAAGGUAUUUUAUGCCUUUGGCAGUCAGGGCCUCCGUAAGAGGUUUGAGAACCCUACGCGUCUAUAUAGGCGACCAGGUCAGGUCCUGGUAUAUGGUGAUAGUAUGCUGAUGGAAUUUAAUGGGUGCAGAGGUACGCACCUUUCACAGUAAAUACUCCUUAAAGACGAAGUAGUGCAGCCUGCAUAAAAUAUCUCUUGGUGCGUCUGAAGAAAAGGACCUAGGCCUCAGUGCGCAGUGGGCACAUUUGUCUCCUCUUGUCAUCCCAAUAUGUUAUUAAAGAGUGCAGUCAGUGUUUUUAUGAUAUUUUCAAGGGCAUCAGACUCAGGCACAUCCCUGACGCGCAAGUUAUUCCUGCGGCCCCUUUUGUCAAUGUCCUCGACGUACCUGUGUAGGUGGCAGACCUGUUCUUGCUGUUGCAUGACCUGUUGUCGCAAUUGGAGUACUUCACUCAGUGAGAUCUCCCUUUCGUCCUCCAAAACAGUGACCCUGUUUUUUCCAGGUCACCGCGAAUGGUCGUGAUGUCGUUAUGGAGCAAAGUCGUGAUAUCUGCUUUGGUGGGUAAGCACUGCAGCAGGGCUUUUAUGUCUGGUGUCUCUUCCUGUCCUGUGUCUUUGCUCAUGUGUGCUGGCAUGUUGCCUUCCUCCAUAUUCUGGCAGUCACUCAGCGCCAUUUUGACCUUCUGAGCGGGUCCUGGGUGCUGGACAGAAAGCAUUUCAUUUUGGCAGUUUCACGGCUCUCUGCGUCCUGUAAUUUGGCACCUUUUGUUGAGGGGGUCUUAGGCAUACCUUUAGGAGGAAUAUCCUACGAUGUGCCCCGUUGAUAAUAUUAGUUUAGCGCCUCGUGUUGCUGGAGCUCGGAGCUAUUUGCAUUUCAUGUUAAUACAGUAGCAUGUUUACAUUUUUAUGUAUAUUGCCCUAGCUCCCUCUCCUUUGCAGAGCUAUAUUUUAUUCUGUUAUGUGGUUGCCUGUGUGAUUCUCCAUAUGAUAAUGUCUAAUACAUACUCAGUGUGUCACUCUAAUGUAAUAUUGAUAGGGGCUAGUUCCACUAAGAACUGUGUCAUUGGCCAUGAUCUUUUAGAGAUUCCAAUAGCAGAGUUUACAGACUUGGUUUCUGGUUGCACUCUUCCCUGGUAUUGGGGACUUGUAGGUAAAUCUAGCCUGAGAGCCAAAAUGUGACUUUGUACAGAUGUAGGCAAAAGCUAGGCCUUUGUGCUGCAAGUUGCAAAGGCAGUAUUUGGAGGCAGCACAUGCAGGAUGGUCGAUAACUGCCUGGAAGGAGGAGGGCAUGCAGACAAGUUAAUACAUGCCUAGAAAGCCCCGGUAGGAGAAAGGAAGCACCAUGUAGCAGGACAGGUCUGGAUCCCAAGUCUCAGGUCCCCUGCCCCUGCGCCUUUUGUGGCGACCUCGCUUACCUCAUCACAACGAGCGGCAUCAUCUGGUCCCUGUCUCCAGACUGGCAAUGUGUCUGACGCUGCACGCUCCACAUCAGCUUCCUUUUAUGGGUCGUGUGACCCGGCACACAGUGAUGACCUCAGAGACCAUAAUGGAGGGAAGAGACUCCUCCCACGUGUUGUGGUUAACACUAAUUGGAGAUUAGCCAAUCAGACACACCCUGUGUGUAUAUAAGCUAACCUCUCCCUUGCCUUAGUGCCCUGAUGUGGUGUUUAGUUUACCAUUGAGUGUUGCACUUGUUUGGAUUUCCUGGCUUAUUUAUAUUUGGUUUUGCCUCUCGUUAUUCCGUCUCUCUGUUUCCCUUGACCUUGGUUUUGACUAUCCCUUUUUGCAUAACCCGACCAUUCUAAGGAUCGGUAUUGCAAUUCUCUUUACUCUGUCCUGUCUGCGUGUUAGGGUUCCCUAGUAAACAUUACACCAAGUCUGGAACCAGUCACCCCUUUUCCAGUUACAAAUGAGCCAUACAUAAACAAACUGACAGACUUAGUAGAAAUAGGAAUGAAACUGAUAUAUCUGCUCUAGAGAUAUCAGAAAACAAUGUCAGAAUGGAGACAACCCGAGGACACAGGAUGUCCAACCCUUGCAAAAUACUUAUACAGAAGAAUUUAGUUAAUUUCACUGUAUGCUUGAGCCAAAUUAUGGUAAUGAAAAAUAUUCAGGAAAGCUAUUUGGACAGUCAUAAAAGCAGGAAACAUGCUGCCAAUGACUGAGCUGACAUGCAAAAAUGGCUACAAUAUGGCCUAAAGGCUAUGCAACAUCAGCCAUUUUUGCAAUGGCACUUCUGAGUUGCCAAAUUAGAUUAUUAUAUAUCUGGAUUUAAAAAAAAAGGAAGUGGGAGUUUUAUAAUGAUUGAUUGUGAUCUUGUUUUUCCAUUUGGUAUCUUGUAUUGAAAGGACACUCCACUGCCCAAAUAUAAAAUAAAUAAAAAUCACUGUUUAGUGAAAACUUGCAUGCAUUUAAUUAUGUUUUUUUUAUGAGGGGUAUAUCUAAAAAAAGCUUGCAAAACGUGAAGUUCCCUUGUGUGCAGCCUUUGCAAACCCUCCCCUUCUAUCCCCGCCCAGACUUUCUGUGGCUGUCCAAUCAUAGACAGCUCAAUGAAAGGCAGGUAUGGUGAGUGUUGUGGUUUAAAUUCAGCAGAUAGCAAUGUUUUCUCUCAGGUAUGAAGACAAGGAAUGGACACAGCAGAAAUACGAGCUCGGAGGGCAGUACUCGUUCACACAAGUGUAUGGCAGAAUACUACACCUAAUUUAAUGGGGAGAACACAGAUCUUAUAACAAAAUUCUGUACACAUCCAAAAGGGGUUGUCUUCACAUAAUACAGUCAUGUCCUGUCAAUUGCAUAUUCAAAGAACUUAAAUCACAUUUGGCAUUAGCUGGUCAAAAGGUGUUACUUGAUUAAACAAACACUUCCCAACAAGGUGUUAUCAGGAUAUGCAGUGCAGGGGGGGAAACAAGAAGAAGAUACAAAUCAGGAUCAAAGGCCAGCUGUUAUAAUAGAGCAUCCUGACAUUACUCAAUCAACUGUGUAGUGUGACACAGGAAAGGUGCUCAUUAAUCCAUAUCAGUGAGCAAUUGCUGACUCUUGAGUUUAGCUGCAAUGAGCUAACCAAACGAGGAAGUAACAUUGUCUAUUAUCUGCUUCAAAGCCAAUGAGGUAUAUCCAUUUUAAUUGAUAAAAGUUUCAAUUUCUAUUCAAAAUCUACACUUUUUGCGAAAUGAAAAAAAGACGACAAACUCUUCACACAUAAAACAUUUCAGCAACCUAUAGUGCUUUAGGGGUCUGGAGUGUCCCAUUAAUAAUAAAACAGUUCAAAUGAAUGCAUGAAAAUAUUUCAUGAAAUCAGAUCUCCGAGGGAAGGAUUUUAUGUCACCCGAACAGUUAAAAAGAAAUACUUUUACAACUGUGUAUUGGUAAACAUAGUCUCACACCAGGAUGAAUGACAAAAUGCCCGUAAUGUGAAAAUCUCCAAUCUCCCUCUCACAGUUUUUUCUAGUGCUCCUGGGAAUGCCAGCUGAUAGAUACAGCUUAAACCUAAAGCUUGUCUCAAGGUCGAUUCAAUAAUGACCCAGACUAUCUCCCACACUUUGUAUCACUGCUGGUCUGCCUCCACCAAUAGCUGAAGCCAAAGUGCCUAAAAUAAUUUGAAAUUGUAUAAUUGCUCUUCCUCCCCACCCCCCCCUCUAUUGGCCAGUUGUUACUUAAUCUGUGAAUAAAGUUAAUAUUUAGUGGCAGUCCGCUAAUCAUCAAUCAUAUUUGUUUUGCUACCUCUUGAUCGACCAGGAUAUCCAGACCGCAUGAUUGAGCAGUCCAAAACAAAUCUUCACGUAUACUUACUAUUUGAUAGCCAGGGGACUCUAACCACCAUAAACUGUGUAGUGGUUAUGGUGCCUAGCUUGUCCCUUUACCCUGGUUAGUUAUCAUUAACAUGCAUAGUAACACAAUUAGUGGAUAUCACACUAAACACACAAAAAGGAAGAGUGUAUUAUUAGCAUUUUUAAAUGUAUUUUUAUAUUCCUGCAAUGGAAAAAAUCUAAUUUACUAAGUUGGGAUUUUCCUUCAUCAGUUCAUGAUAAUAUACUUUGGGUUAAGACUGUAAAACUAAAGGCAUUGGAAACAGUGAUCAUCACCAAUGAGCAUCACCUAACUGGUAAGCUGUCUGGGAUUUAUAUUAUUGUUGCCAAGAAUGCCUAGAGUUGACUAUCUGUAUUAAAAAAGAAAAACCUCUAUAUGUUAUCAAAAAGAAGUAGUAAAGCCAUUUGAAGAACUAGCUGCCGAAUUUGCCUUUAAAUAUACUACCCCAGCUACGUGUUCUCUGUUCUCAAAUUGUGUGGGGAAUCUCCUUUGCAUUAUUGUCAUGCUGAACAGGAAGUUUACCUUCCAUUUCACACAGUGUCCUAUUCAGAAGAAUGGUAAUAUGGGACUUCACCUGACAAAAUGCAAAUAAUAGACUGUUUAUUGUAAGAAAGUAAUUACAUCCAAAAUUCCUUUUAAGUGUGAUGGUGCUGGCUGACUAACUCUAUAAACAGUGCAUCUUUUUACAUUUAAUAAACACUGCAGGGACCAUAACUACCUGUACUUCCACUGCUGAUCUCGCUUCUGAUAUAAUUUGUUGUUUUUAAAUCUGAUUUUGUUACUUUUGUACCUCACAUAGUAGAUGAGCUGAAGACCAACUGAGGGAAGAUGGUCUAGUAGCACCAGAGACCCAAUGGCUUCUCUGAAUGAUUGCCAUUGAGGUGCUAAAUGAUAAUGCUUAUUUUAGUCUGCUUGGGUACAGGGUCAGAUUUAUAACACAAGCACCAGUAGGCACAUAAUUCUCAAGCCCUCCCUACCACCCAACAAAAUUGUUGUAUAUACACACAGUGUCUAAGUGUAUAUUAUGUGUGUGUGCAUGUGUAGUAGUGUGUGCAAAUGUCUGUGUGCACGUCUAUGUGUGUAUGUCUUUGUGUAUUAUGUCAAUGACAUGCAUAUAAACAGUCAAAAUCCCUUGUCUGUAACACCACCUCAAGACACACAUAAACACAUGCAGAAAUGUUCACUAACAUGGAAAAAAUCAAAAAUUUGCAUCACAAUGACUACUACUAUAAACAGCAUGGUGACAGGAGCACAAACAUUGCUGGUGUAUCAGAACGUUCUAUGCUACUCUAGGUUCUAUAAACUAUUCUCUGAGUGCAGAGUGAUUUACUGCAUGGUCUCUGUAACAUCAAAAUGGAACAUCUUACAAAAUGUCCUCUCUCUCUCUUUGCAGGUUCACUGCCAACUUAAUUUCUGGAGUUCUUGAUUACAAAACCCUGCUGGAUCUGUAAGUUAUUGGUCCUUAGACAAUUUAAUACGUGCUUGUAGCAAAUAAAUUAUACCUAUUAUUAAUGAGGUAGGAAUUGCCAAAUAAUUUAGCUGUACUUUUUAUCAAAGCUUUCUGUCACAAUUACCUUGAAUGUUCAACGUCUGAAAUCUUCAUACAUUAAAAUAGCAAGGUUUCUUUUUAGGGUAUUUAUAUCUUCAUAAAACACUCCAUUGAACAUUUGGCGAUCCGCAUUACCAUCUUCCCACAAUACAAUGAGAAUGAAAAACCCCCAGGCAUAUUUUUUCCCAUGAUGCUUGGCAGAUACAAAAUCAUAGCAAAAAGAGGUGUAUACCGCACCUAGUGAUUUAUAUAUACAAGAUAUACGUAUAUAUACUCCCAAGUACUUCCAAUGGAUUAAACCUCGGAAUAAGAUCAGAUAAAAAAAUAAAAGUGCAAUACAGUAAACUUAUAUCGUGAAGUGGUGAGUAUAACUAUACAGGAUCCACUCACAUUUAUAUGAGCUAGAACAGAGCUCAACUGUGAUGCGCAUGGACGGUACAAUCCCCGUCUCAGAAUAUGUUGUUAUAGUUGACACAGGUAUUUCCAAAGUGCAGUAUGCGUAGUAUAUGUAAAGAGAAAUAACAGCCAAUAGUGAAGUAAGUACUUAUGGUGGAAUAAAUAAUGAGUAGUAUUGUACUUACAAUUUGUAGAGCAUUAAACCUGCUCUAGUGUGGACAGCUUGGGUGGUAUAAUCCCCACCAGGGAUAUGCAGGAUCCAGGAAGCAGAAAAAGAAUGAGUAUAAAAAGUAACUGGUAAAAGUAUACUUUAACAUAAACAAACAAAGUAAAAAACCAUAAAAGGUAUGAAGGAGAGUCCCACUUAACGGGUUUCGCCUAAUAAGGCUUCUUCAGAAGUGUGGUGUAGCCUUCCCUUGAUUACGUUUAAAUGUGCUUCUAAAUUCGUAGAUUGCUUCCUGGUGUGUCUCUUCCUGUUUCCUGAUUCCAGUUGAAACGCACACGUCGUACCAGAAGUGACGUGAUACACGUGUCAUACCGGAAAUGACUCGGCGUCAUACAGUCAUUCGUGCAUUACUAUUGCGCUGCUGUGGAACGCACGCAUCGCUCAGAAACAGCGUGCGUCGCGUUCCAGGCGCAUACAUCAGAUGUCCAAACAUCUCCAACAAAGGAGUGGCAUAAGAAGCAGGCGUGUGUCACAUCUCCGUGCUUGUAAUGAUGGCUUGACGGCCAUAUUCGUAGUGGGCAUAAAGGGGAAUAAAAUGAGUAGAAUCACUGGGUAUUAAUGUAAACAUUAUGCAAAAAAUUAUAAUUAUAUUGAUCAAAUAUAACAGUAAAGAUAUUGGUAAAGGUAGAUGAAAUACUAAGGGUGACUAUUGCUGGUGAUAUAAGAACAUCACCAGCAAGCAAGGAAUAAUAGAAUUCAUUCAUUUAUAGAAUUGUGACAGAAUAUAGGGGUGGGGAUAGUAUUAUGAAUAUGACAGACAUGAUAAUACUGAAUAGAUAUAGUUCAUACAUAUUAAAGUGCACUGAAGGUGAACUGUAUCCAAGUAUCCAAGCAUAUUUUCAUUAGAUAUUGAGGUAGGAUUGUUGUAAGAAGGUUUAGAGCAAUGGAUAAUCAAAAUGCUACAAACAAAAGAUAAAAUAGUUCAUAGUAAAAUUUUAAUCAAAAAUUUGGGUUAUAAAAAAUUAGGGUUAAAAAAAAUUAUAUAAAUCAAAGUCAACACUUAGCCCAUUCGGAUGUAGGGUAUCUAGCUGAUACACCCACUGCAUUUCUGUUUGUCCAAUCUUUUUGACAACAUCUCCUCCUCUCCGGUGGUUUUUAACAGUUGCAAUCCUAAUAAAUGUGAGGUGCUUCGGGUCGUUGCUAUGCAUACAGAAAUGGGUUGGCACUGAGUGGUUUUUUAGACCUUUUUCUACAUUCCUGCAGUGUUCUGCUAUUCUUGUUUUUAAUGGUCUAAUUGUUCUACCUACGUAUUGGAGGCCACACGGGCACUCCAAUAAGUAAAUUUCAUUUUUGCUGUUGCACUUGAUGACCUCUUUGAUAUUGUACGUUUUACCCAUAUUAUUAGACCUAAAGUUAGUGAUAGUUCUUUUUGUUGAUUUUGUUUUCAUGCAUGCCAGGCAACAGUUGCAUUUAUAAAAACCUCUUUUAUUCAUAAAAUUGUUGAUUUUAUUGGGGCUCGUUUUUGUAAAGUUUUUUGUUAAGUGCAUCUUAAGAUGUAGCGCACCUCUAAAUAUUACUUUUGGUUUGUCAGGGAUUAUAUUUUUUAGGAUGCCAUCCUCCUUCAAUAAGUGCCAGUGCUUUUUUAUAAUGUUUUUCAGUUGUUUGUUUUUAUUGUUAUAGUCUAGUACAAUUGGUAAGGUGAAAUCAGAAUUUCUUUGAUUCGCUUGGGUUUUAGCUUUGUGUAUGAGUUGAUUCCUAUUUAGUAUAGCUGUUUGAUUGUUGACUCGAUGUUUGCAGUUUUGUAUCCUUUUUGUACAAAGCUCUGUUUUAGCGUAUUGGCUUGUUUAAUAAACAUGGACGCAUCCGAACAGUUUCUUCUAAGGCGCAUUAUUUGACUUUUUGGUAUGCUGUCUAGCCAUAUUUUAUUAUGACAGCUGUUGGUACUUAUAUAAUUGUUUACAUUCAGAUCUUUAAAAUGCGUUUUGGUUUGUAUUUUGUUGUCUUUAAUAUAAAUAUUUAAAUCGAGGUAGGUGACCAUGGUAUUACUAAAAUCCGCAGUUAAAACUUUACCUUCUUCAUUUUUGUUUAAAAAUGUAAUACAAUCCUGUGCUGAGCUAAUAGACCCCUACCAGACAAAUAGAAGGUUGUCUAUAUAUCUAGAGUAGGAUACCAGGCUUUCACCCAGUCAUGCCCCCUCCAGACAAAUCGGUCCUCCCAUUCCGCCAUAUAGAGGUUGGCAUAACUGGGUGCAAACCUGGUACCCAUAGCUGUACCUGUGUUUUGCAGAUAAAAACCGUCUUUAAACCAAAAAUAAUUAUGUUUUAAAAUUAGGUCUAUGCCCUCAAUUAUAAAAUCAGUUUGUUCUUGAAGAAUGGAGUCAUCUCGUUCUAAAAUGGAUCUUAUUGCUUGACAUCCCUUCUCGUGUUGUAUGAUCGUGUAUAAUCACUGUACGUCAUAGGUAAUAAGUGUAUAAUCACCUUUCCAGGUGAUAGUUUCCAAUUUCUUCAAUAAAUCUAUUGUGUCUUUUAGAUAUGAUCUUGUUUAUUUGACGUACGGUUGUAACAUUAUGUCAAUAUAUUCGGAUAGAUUUGAGAGGAGUGAUUCUAUACCCGACACGAUGGAUCAUCCUGGAGGGUUAUUCAAGUUCUUAUGUAUUUUUGGGAGGAAGUAUAUAACGGGGAUCUUAGGAAAUUGUAUGUUCAUGUAGUUAUAUUCUCUUACGCUUAAAAUCCCCAUGUCUCUUCCUUUUAAAAAAAUACAUUAAGUUGAUAUUUUAUAUCUGCUGUUGGGUCUUUAUUUAAUUUGGUAUAUGUCUUGCAAUCAUUUAACUGUCUGAAAGCUUCUAGUUGAUAUUUUUCUUUGGAUUGGAUAACAAGACCCCCACCUUUAACGGCGGGUUUAAAUACUAUUGAGGCAUCAUUGUACAGAUCUUUAAGUAUUUGCCUUUCUUUUUUAUUCAUAUUUGGUCUGUCUCCCAUUCUUUUAGUGUCUAAGACUUUUAAAUCCUUACAUACUUUCUUUUCAAAUAUGUCCAAGGCACUGGAUUUAAAAUAGGCAGGAUAAAAAGUGGAUUUGCUCUUAAGUUCACUACUUCUAUAUUCUUUUGUGUUUUCAUUACCUAUAUUAGCACUUUCAUUAGUAUUGGUAUUAUUUUUGUUAAUAUAGAAACGUUUUAAGGUGGCAUUCCUUACAAAUUUGUUAACGUCUAUAUAGGCAAGGAAGGAAUUAUAUAGUUUGGUGGGGGCGAAUUUUAAGCCUCGUUUCAGGACAUUGAUCUCAGUUGUAUUUAGAACUUUGUCAGAUAGAUUGGAAAUACCAGUGGGUGUCUUAUUUAGUUUCUGAUCUAAAAGCUUUCUAACCUUCCUUUCUUGUUGUCUUCUGCCUGAUCUCCUUCCUCUAAUACUCUCUUGCGGCUUUUUAUAGGUGUAAUAUUGAGACGAUGGGUCUGUCUUUCUCUGUUGGACGGAAUUUCUAAAAAAGAAGUUUAAUCAAAUUGCUCGCAGAAGGAUAAGGCGUGGUAUCUAUUGUUUCUGAUUGGAUCUUGUGGUGAUACUGGUCUUGUCUCAUCUUGUCUUUUAUAUCGUUUCUUUGGAUUUUCCCAGGAGUACUUUCUGUCUCUUCCCUUCCUUGCCUAUAUAGACGUGAACAAAUUUGUAUACACCUCUUUUUGUUUUUUCUAUCUAUCCACGAGGUUUUGGAAAUCCUUGUACUGUAUACUGCUGCCUGUCCAUAAUACACUAUAGUGAGCGCCUAUUACUAUUUUUUUCACAAAAUCAUAGCAUGAUGAUUUAUUCAAAUUAAAUAACACGCGGUGCCUUCUACUCAAUGGAAAUUAAAUAAAAGACAACUAAGAAAAACUGAGGUUUUCUAAUAAGUAGCUAUUAGCUGUUAAACUAUUAAUGUGCUAUUAUUUCCAGCGUGACAGUUCCACUUCAAAUUGAUUUUAGCUUUUCCCUUUUUCUUACAUGUAAAUGUUAGUCAGUGGACAGGAAAAAAUGGAAACAUAGAAAUUUGCAGGGAAAUUAUUUAAAAAAAAUGUUUUAAUUCUAAACUUCACGUUAAUGCAUAUUCUCUCAAUGAAAUCAAGAGAAGGAAAGUCCAUCAUGAUGAAAUAUUUUUUUCCCCCAGUGUAUCACUUUAAAUAGUGUUUUCUUUGAAACAUGACAUAUUUACACAUUCCACUGAAGAGAGAUAUCACUUCAGUUUUCAAAGCAGUUCCACAGAAUGCAUUCAGGGUAGAGGGUAAAGUGUAUAACGGUUAAACGAUUACAUAUCUCCAUGUUUAUGUGGACUUUAUUUUAUAAAGCAACAACUGUAUAAGUUGUUCUCCCACUAUGGAUAACUUUCACAGUGAGGCACCCCUGGUGUGCCAUUUGACAGAUGAGCUAAUCCCCAUAGGGAGACGAGCGACUGAUGGAUGAAGUGCGCCUAUAAUUUAUGCAAAAACAGCAUGUGCGUCUCGGAAAUGCCAUAGUAAGAAUUGCAUUGGAGUGAACCAGACUGUAUCAUUGGAUUGUACAGUGUUAGUUGGUACGCUUUGCCAUGCAAAUGUGUUUUUUAAAAAAAAUGUAUUUAUAUAUUAUUAUUUAAAUAUAGUAAAACACCGAAACCGAAACAUUAAAAAGUCUAUAUAGUAAAAUACAAAAAAACGAAAACAAUUUGCGUUAUAUGAUAUAUCAUUUUCAAAUAUCUGCAUUAUAAUCUGAAAGAGUUUUAAAGAAAAGAGUCAUUAUAUUAAUGCGAAGUACUAACUGGAAGCAUAAUAGUGAGUGAUUUGUAUUAUAAAAAAUGUUGUUUUCAGUUAAGAAAUAUCGGUCAAGGUUUAAGCUUUACUGUGCAACAGUUUGAUCUUGGUAUUAUUAUGUUUACUUAUAAACAUACUUCUCUCCACAUAAACUUAUAUUUUUUACUUAUAUUUAACAUUUAUGUGUUUAUAAUAAUAAUGAAACUGAAUAUCUUUUACACAACGUGACUAUAGCCAGUGCUAAAUUUCCAAUUAGGUACCAGAGUAGGUACCUACAGGCACAUGUCCUGUACGACUGCCUAAGCUUUUUGGAGCUUAGGUGGGUGUUUAGGAGAUAGGUAUCAGACCCUUGGCAAGUGUCCACUCUAGUCCAGUCUGCAGUCUAUACUUUAUAGCAGAGCUGCAGGAAUAGUUGUACACAGUGUAAACCGUAAUCUUGCCCCAUCUCCUCUAUUGUUUGUGUGUGAUGUUUGACAGGAAGUAAAUCGUUUCCCAUCUGAUUCGGUGAUGGUUCAAAAUUCCUGAACUCUGAGACAAAAUGUAGCUUAAUCACAAGUGAAUGGAUAAAGUGACAAGUGACAAAAUAGAAAAAAAAAGAGAAGCAAUAACUGUCGCUCCCAUUCUGUCUCCCCUCGCCAACUUAGAUUACAAAUAAUUCACUCUGAGAAAGUAAAAUGGUCCAAUAAUAGGCUUCUCUAUGAGAAGCCUGUGAUUGGACCACAUGAGUCCUGCAAUGACGUCAGGACAGGACAUGGAAGACAAUACCUGGAGCUUUGCCUGGUGCUGGAUUCCUUGUAAGUAAAAACCUUUUAACAGAUUUUAUGGGAAGGGACCUGAUAGUAAUGUCCCCUAGGGAAUUGUAUAUGUAAAAAAACUAAUUUGUAAAAGGGUUGAAGUAAUCCCGUGAGCAUUUCCAUGAAAUGUUUCUGCUCCUCCACCUGGUAAUAUUGUUUUCCUUUGUACAAAUGCAUCAUUCACUAUGUCAUUAAUUAAAUCAUUAUGUUGUUCAUUUUAGGCACGCUCUACCUAUGGACUAUGCUCGUGGUCAGCUGUCUGGGCAGCCCAUGUGUAUGAAACAAUACUAUGGACUCUUCUCUUCUUAUCGCCUUCCAGGGGGCAACAAAGAUACCCUUGUGGCACAAGAAAGCAGUAUCAUGCCAGAACCAGAGCACAUCAUUGUUGCAUGCAACAACCAGGUGAGUGAGCAUUUCUAACGAUAUAUUGAAAAGGAUGAGCAUGAUAAUCUACAUGAUUCUUCCAAAUUCAGAGCAAUGAUAUGGGGAUUCCUUUAUUAAACAGGAAGUUGUGGUGUUUUGAAAACCACUAUCUUCAAGUAAGGUUAAAAUACUUGAUCCAAAUUGGGUCUAUUUUUCCAACUAUUUUGUUGCAGGAAUUUGCCGAUUGUAUUGUAUAUAGAGAUGUCGCGAACCGUCCGCGAACUUCUCACGAACGGUUCGCCGCGGUUCGCCACGAGCUGUUCGCGGUGAACUCCGGUCAGCUGACACGUCCUGGCCAAUCUCCAGCAGACCCUCCCUCCCAGACCCUCCUACUUCCUGGACAGCAUCCAUGUUGAAAAUUAUAAAAUAUGAUAUGAUGAUAUAAUAGAUUGUUCUCUUAAAAGUAAGAAAGCUACCACUACCUCAAUUAUAGCCAUAACGAAGAACAUGGAAACAUGGAUGCUGUCCAGGAAGUAGAAGGGUCUGGGAGGGAGGGUCUGCUGGAGAUUGGCCGGGACGUGUCAGCUGACUGGAGUUCGCCGCGAACAGCUCGUGGCGAACCGUGGCGAACCGUUCGCGAGAAGUUCGCGGACGGUUCGAGACAUCUCUAAUUGUAUGCUGUUAUUUUCUUAUGUUUCCCUGCUCAGUGUAUGUUUGUUAUAUAUAGUCUAUAGAAAAGUCUUCUCUAACAGAUUUAAUAGUAGAAAGACAGCUUCUUGGUGGACUGAUAUAGAUCCAUUAGCAAGUUCUCUGACAAUUUAAACAUUUGGGCUACAUGAUUUUGGAAAAAUAUAUAUUUUCAUUCCCAUCAUAAUAAGUGAUGUGAUUAUGACUCCUUCCUGUAAACCAGUAAAUCUAGUCAAAUACCGUUAACAAGUCUAUCUAAAAAAUAUAGGUUUCCUGUUCUUCGUUAUGGCUAUAAUUGAGGUAGUGGUAGCUUUCUUACUUUUAAGAGAACAAUCUAUUAUAUCAUCAUAUCAUAUUUUAUCAUUUUAAAUAUAGCCAUUUUUAAGCUAAUAAUAUCAUAGUAAAGUAUUUCAAAAUCUGAGAUAGAAUUAACAGUCGUAGUUGUAUAUCUUGUUCACUGUUUUAUCUACAGUUCUUUGUGUUGGAUGUUGUUAUUAACUUUCGUCGGCUAAGUGAGGGUGAUCUCUUCACUCAACUGCUGAAGAUAGUAAGAAUGGCCGGGAAUGAAGAUGAGAGGCUACCACCUAUAGGUUUGUUGACAUCAGAUGGACGAUUUGAGUGGGCACAAGCAAGAGAGAUGUUAAUGAAGGGUAAGGAAAAUCAAUGUAUAUUUUUACCAACAAAUAGUUAAAGCCAAUCUGCUCUAUUAAUGUAUAAAACAUAAUUCAGAUCAUAGAAUAACUUGAAUAAAUCAAUCUGCUUUUAGAACUCUUUUUCUGCAUUUGUGUAUACAAAGUUUGAAUUAAUUCUGGUGCAAAACUAUAACUUUUUUACAUUUUUUGUGCAAUAUUUUAUCAAAUUUAACUGCUUAACGACCAAAGGUUACACUUUGCCAUGACCACAAUCUUUUGUUUUUAAAUCUUAGGUCAGCAUGGUAGUCUCUUAGUCAUUAAUUGAGUUGGUCAUUCUGCAAAGAACUAUGAAGGCAUAGACCAGCAUUGGUAUUUAAAGGGUUAAAAAUAAAACACAUCACUCUAAAUAUUAUCUAUUUCUAUUUGUAUAUAACAUAUUUCUAUUUGAAUAUGUAAAAUGUAAAGUUAAUCUACAUGAGAAUAGUUUAACAGAUCUGUUUGAUUGUGCAUAAUUCAUCCUGAAUUCAAUGUCCGUUUUUACAUUACAAAGUGACACUCUAGUCUAAGUGUAUGAAGACCUUAUUUUGGGCAAAAAUCUAAAUGUAUAAUAUUAAACUAUUUAGCACUAUGCUCCAUUUAUGCGUAACUUCUAUGUAUGUACUUCCACCUUGAAGAGUCACCUGACCAGCAAAACGUGCAUCGGGGCUCUGUUUCAAAUCCUAUUUUGCCAGAGAAGUAAUUGAUUUAUGAGAUUGUGGUUAGAUUGAUACUUUUGUAUGAUGAUUUCAGGAUUCACAGUGAUCUAAUCAGCUAGUUACAUACAUUCAUAUCAUUGGAAGUAGUAUCUACUAGCUUGAUGGCUAAGUUGCCCUUGAAAGCACACUCAGGGAGUUUCGUUAUUACCGAUUAAAUGCUGAUUAAAUGCCCUUGAAGGGAUAAUACCUAGAUUCAGAAAACUAGUUAGUAAUUACUCUGGAUAUCUCUUUGACUUCUACUGUUUGGAGACAUUGUUAUUCUUACGUGAAAUUGAUUCAUUUGGGCAAUUCUAGUUAUACAUUAUCUAGCUGACACAUUGUUGACACAUUGUGUAGGUUACAUAGUAUUGCACUACAUCUAUAGAAUUUAGAUACAGGGGUAGGCAACCUUCGGCACUCCUGAUGUUUUAAACUACAUCUCCCAUAAUGCUCUUAUAGUCAUAAUGCUGGCAAAGCAUCAAGGGAGAUGUAGUCCAAAACGUCUGGAGUGCCGAAAGUUGCCUAUCCCUGAUUUAGAACAUGCUAAUUGAAUAAUUUCUUGCUACUACUUUUGAAUCCUUAUUCUUAUUGUGUUUUUAAGGUUUUUAAUUGAUAGUUUAUAUUUUUUUUACUAAUAUAAGUUGUGUUUUUUAUCACGUGUAUAUUAUAGCUCUAGGUAAAACUUGUCCUUUCUUUUUUGCUAACUCACACUUUUACCUUAGAACUUUGGACUACUAGUUCUUCCUUUGUUGUUUCUUUCCUCAAACAGAUUCUACAAACCGUGACUCGCUGGACAUGAUUGAACGGUGUAUGUGUUUGGUGUGUUUAGAUGCACCAACUGGAAUGGAAUUAAAUGAUACUAACAGAGCACUGCAACUUCUUCAUGGAGGAGGUUAUGAUAAAAACGGUGCAAAUAGAUGGUACGACAAACCGAUGCAGGUAACGUGUUUUACUUCUUGUGCAUUUCUAAAAAUGGUUUCACAGAUAGACAGUCAGACAGAAAAGACAGACAAACAGAAUCGGCAGACAGAAUGGAAAGACAAAGCACAAUGGACAAACAGACAGACAAUUAAAUAUUUUUUCUGGAUAGAGGGGUUUAGCUUGGGGCCCUAGGGAAAUGCUUUAACCAAAGAAAAAGCAGGGAGAUUGCACACAUUCCCAUCUUCCAUAAUAACCAGAAGAAUAUGUUUUGGGUACUAGAAGUGUUCUCGAAGAAAAUGAAUAUUUGCAAGCUUAUUUACUAAUGUGAGAAUUGUUGGGAAGUCAAAGUGAAUUUAGAGCGAAUAUCAGAAUCGCCAUUAUAGUCAAACUGGAUGCAUAGCUGAUUACUUUGACUUUACAUUUCAGUGGGAACACGUAAUAUUUACAUCUAUAUCAAAGCUUACAGAGGAUGCACAGUGCACGUUGCUAUGUGGGAUUAAUAUAUUAACCACUCGUAUACCUAUUGUGCUAACUUUGUUUUAGUUCUGAUACUGAAUGGUUGUGUCCAAAGCCAAAGACGUGAUUGCGAUGUAUUUAUAUUUAGUUAGACAUUGUUAUUCAGAAUUCCAAAGGAAAUAAUACACGUUGAAAAUAACACUGAAAACACAAAAUAGUAAGCUAUUUAAUUAUAUUCAUUUCCAGUUUAAACAUAUGCCAUUACUUUACUAGGCAUGUUUCAUAUGUUUGUAUAUAUAUAUAUAUAUUAGUCAAAAUGUCUAAAUAGCUAAAUUACAUUCUAUAAGUUUCGAAAUCAUAACCUAAGAAUUGGACUUUCAUCAAAUCCCAAAGACAAAACUAGUGCAAAAAAAAAAAAAGCCAACAUUAAGAUAAAAUGUAAUAAAUAAAUAAAUAAAUAAAUUGCACCAGAUGUAUCAAAGAAUAACAUCCAACUGGAUGCAGAACGUUUAUGGUACCACUGGGAAAUCUAAAGAAAAACACACUCCUUCCAUCUGCUUCCAUCAACAGACUUACCAGACUCAUCAUCUGGGAUCCCUUUAGAUGCUCCACUUUUUAAAGAUUAAAAGUAUGUCUUAGGAUAAUGCACAAGGGACAAAACCCAAAAGCCCAUGAAAUGCAUUGAGAACAUUCCACCUAAUCUCCACUUGAAUACAAAAAUAAAUACAUAAUUUUAGUAAAAGUGUGUCAAUAAAAAUGUUAAUUUUAUUUUUAAGAUUGAGUUUCACAUGAUGUUACAAGUGUGGAAAAACUACUUUUUUUUUUUUUUUUACCAUACAACUGAUUUUGUGAAUAUUUUAUUAGGUAUUUUUAAAGGGUAUAUACAGUAUCUCACAUUGAGUAUAUCCAUCACAUUUUGAAAAUAUUUUAUUGUAUCUUUUCAUGUGACAACACUGUAAUGAAAUGACACUCUGCUACAAUGUAAAGUAGUAAGUGUACAGCCUGUAUGACAGUGUAAAUUUGCUGUCCACUCAAAAUAACUCAACACACAGCCAUUAAUGUCUAAACUGUUGGCAACAAAAGUGAGUACAAAAAUGUGAGGGGUGUACUCACUUUUGUGAGAUACUGUAUAUAUUAGACAUGUGCACUUGGUUUUGUUCCCAAUAUAAUUUCGUCUGAAUUUUGGCAAUUCGGACAUUCGGAUGCUUCCAAAUGUCCGAGUUGCCGAAUUUACGAAAUGCUGAACCGAAUUGCUGAAGUGCUGAAUUUCGGAAGUGCCGAAGUGCUUCGGAUUUCUGAAAAGUGGCAAAACAAGAGAGGGAGGGAAAAUUACGUGAAUGAUGGCAGGAAGCCAAUUCCUGGCACUGGGAGCCCUGUAGAUGUGUAAGUGGUUGUGGUGGCAGUCCGGGCACCUAACCCUUACCCUACCCUAAUCCUACUCCUAACCCUAGCCUUACCCCUAACCCUAGAUGUGUAAGUGGUUGUGGUGUUUAGGGGUUAGGAGUAGGGGUAGGGGCAGGGGUAGGGGUAGGGUUAGGGAGCCUUGCAGAUGUGUGAGUGGUUGUGGUGGCAAGAGAGGGAUGCUUACAAAUGUCCGAAUUGCCCAAGUACCUAAGUGCUAGUCCUGAAGUCCCGAAUUUCGGAAGUGCCGAAUUGCUCAAGUCCCGAAUAGCCGAAGUUACGAAUUUCGGAAGUGCUGAACCGAAGUGCCAAAUUGCCGAAGUACUGAAUUGUCAAAGUCCCGAAUUUUGGAAGUGCCGAACCAAAUUAUUUGCCCAUGUACAUCCCUAGUAUAUAUUUUCUACCAUUAGACAGUAUGGUAUGAACAGUUAUAUAUGUAAAUAUGAAUAGCAGCUGUGUGAUCUCCAAAGGACCUUUUAUAUAAAUUGCAAUAAUUCAAGUGUAAUUAAAACCAACUGGUUAACCAGAACAAAAGCCUUUAAAGUUAUAUAUUCUGGCCAUCCAGCAAUGGAAUUAAUAUAAGACACAAACACUGUUGUUGCAUUACAUCAAUAUUGCCUCUUGAGUAGAGGCAAACACCUCGCUAUGUUAAAUGAUAAACUACAUUUCUUGCAACAUUUGUUUAAGUCUUUUUAUAAACAAACAAUACUUUAAUUGCAUAGAAUAAUAUAAGCAAUGAAUGUUAGUUAUAGUAUCGUGCAGUAAUCCUUGCUUCUCUGAAAAAUGGCCAAUUUCACUAUUAAUCAUGUGAGAGUGGAUAGAAGUUGUCCAUGUUACUGAUGAUAACAAUACGAUUAUAAAUAUAAGAUUUAGAAUGUAAACUCACAAGCCAUAUUGAUAAGCAUACAGUGCUCUAAAUUUUAAAGUUUGGAAACACUAAGAUUAUUUUACUGGAUGGGAGGGUGGUAAGUCAAAAAUAUAUAGUGAAAAAAAUCACUGUCUCUUUAAUUAUAUAAUAAGUUUCAGUUCUGCAGGGCCACUCCUCCUUCAUUAGUGGCAUUUUGUAUAAGCUUACUUGAGAGAAUCUAGGCACAUCAAAAAAUGGGUUUUGCACAUAGAAACAUAGAAUGUGACGGCAGAUAAGAACCAUUCGGCCCAUUUGGUCUGCCCAAUUUUCUAAAUGCUUUCAUUAGUCCCUGUUCUUAUCUUAUAGCUAGGAUAGUCUUAUGUCUAUCCCACGCAUGCUUAAACUCCUUUACUGUGUUAACCUCUACCACUUCAGCUGGAAGGCUAUUCCAUGCAUCCACUACCCUCUCAGUAAAGUAAUACUUCCUGAAAUUAUUUUUAAACCUUUGUCCCUCUAAUUUAAGACUAUGUCCUCUUGUUGUGGUAGUUUUUCUUCUUUUAAAUAAGAAAAACAUACCUAGUCUCCUUUAAGAAUGGAUUGCCAUUCAGGUUGCAAAGCCAGCUGCCCAUGAGUGGAGGCAUGCUACUCACCACUCUUUAAAGUGCUUAGUCACUCCACGGCUGAGACCCAAGACACUCAUGCUGUGGCUAGUUGAAAAGUUGUGAAGCUUCAAACUCUAGGACUGGGGCUGUGACUCUGAGGACUGCUUUGAUUCUGGUUUCAGUCUGUUUUAAUCUGUAAUGAUUGUUGAUUCUGUUAACCAUGUCAGCAGAUUAAUUAUAUUGCUAGCUGCCUUAACCUUGUGUAGACUGUGCGCUGAGAGUUAAUAGUAAGUCAAGAGUAGCUGAUAUGGUUGGAAUCUAUCAAUAUCUUGCCACCCACAGCCCAGCCCUGCUGGAGUUAUGACUAAGGAAGAGUUUAUAAAGUUCUUUAACUAUAAAAAUUCAUACCAGCAAUAGGCACUCUCAGUCAAUCACCACGGCCCACCAAUGCUGAGGCUAAUGCUUCCCUAUUGGCCUAAGCAGCACAGUGCAGAUGGCCAGCUUGGGAGUCUCAUUUAGCAUUAAACCAUUAAAAAUGGUCUAACAGUCAACGGAAGAUUGGUGUCUGGGCACCCCAGACACUAUAACCACUUCAAUGAGAUGAAUCAGUUUCAGUGCCUACAGUGUUCUUUUAUUGUAUGGUAGACAGUUGUAAUAUACAUAUUCCAUCAGGCAAGGAUUUUCUAUUUUACUAUAAUGCAAGCUAGUGACAUGAAACCAGAACUAUGUUUAAAGUAUAUUUUUCUAGACACAUUUUAGUAGUUGAGGAUGUACAUUAAAUGUAAUCCGUAAUGUAACUUACCCUUUGUACUGUUUUUUUUUUUACCUUUUAGUUUGUCGUGGGGAGAGAUGGCGUGUGUGGCACCAUUUGUGAACAUUCACCCUUUGAUGGGAUCGUCCUUGUACAAUGUACAGAGCACCUUCUUAAAUAUAUGUGAGUGGACACAAUGCCAUUCUAUAUAUAAAUAUACAUAAAUAAUUAUAGGGAUUAAGGAAAUUACAGAUUGGUCCAACUCCGGACCAACUGGAUAUCAACAGAAAAAUGUGUUGUAUGUAGAGUUGUAUAUAGGAACUGACUCGCUAAUGCAAGCUGAUUUACAGUUAAAUAUAGCACGAGUGUUAUUCGAGUACAGCACGUCUGCUAUUCACAAAGAUCCAAUACGAACCCAGCUCAUAAAAUAAUGGCAGUUUAGUUUUAAAAAUCACAGAUUGACAUCAACUGUACAUUAAAAAAAGCAGUAAAAACUGAGCUUACACUAGGAAAAUAGUUAAUUUGGAUAUUAACAAAACAGUCAGUGCCGUGAGUGCCUACAAAUCUUCCGCAGUGUGACCGUGAAGGAGACUGAAAAUAAGAUGACCAUUGGAACCAGUAGGUGUAUUCUAAUCUAUAGCUUACAGCUUUGGAUGUUUAGCAGUUGCACAGAAAUAAUUGCUUGAUUCUCAGCCUCCACCGAAAGCAAUGCAAAUCUUCAUAGUAGUAAAAUGUUUCUUUUAACAUAAUCCAAACUUGACUUUUAGAGAUAGUACAAAUGGUAUGACACCUACUAAUCCCACCAUUAGAUGAAUACAGUACUCGUAGUCAAUGAAAAUGUCUCUUCAUUGUUUUCAUUUUAUAACAAAAUUAUUGGUAUUGAAAUUGGUAUCAUCACACAGUGAUUUAUAAUCUUUUUAGAGAAUGUUCAGAUAAAAAGAUGCUUCUAUCUGCUAUGAUCUUUUCAACAAUGAAUAAAAAGCUGUAAGAAUCCAGAAAAUCACUGUGACAAACACAACCAUACCACUGAUUACACAGACUUAAAUAUCACAGGGCUAAGCUCCCAUCAAGAGAUUUAUCCAAAUAACAAAUACCAUUUGUAAGACAUAUUCCGCUAGAAGAUAUUAACCUUUUCUUUCUGAAAAACAUACAUACAUGUGCCAACUUUAGUUUUAGCAAUUAUGUAUAUUUGUACGGCAGUGUAGGUUGUCAAUUUGCAGAGAAACAUAUUUCUCAUCCAGGUAUCCACGCUGUCCCUCUGCACCUCUGCGGAGGUACUGUAAAAGGUAACAACUUUCCACAUUUCACAGCAAAAUGUAAACCGUUUGUCAUAGCUGUUUUCUUGUCGUCAAGAAGGGUAUUUAGUUGCCUCUGAACUACAAUUAUACAUGAAUUGUAGCUGCUCACUAGGAGCUUGGGAAUGGGGUAACACUUCAGACCAUAGGACUGUGCUUUCUCUGGUGUUGAGUUCCUGGUUUCUAGCUUAAUGGGCAUUUAGACCAACAUUAUUUUGUCCUCUUAUCACUGAGAUAGUCUGAUUUUGGAUACCCUACCCCAGUGUUAUUAUUACCGCAUUAGCCAAGGGAUGGAGGGAAGGGUAGAGGACAUUUGCCAGGGUACAAUCUGGCAUAUAUAAUCCCACCUUUCCACAAGUGGGGUGGUAGUAGUGGUUGUGGUCAAUCACUGUGUCCAUACCUGGUAUUUGCUUUGCUCUAUAUCAUUGUUCACGGGUUGACAUAUGACAGAGUGACCAUUCAUUGGGCCUCACAGUUAAUGUUGUGGUAUAGGUGAUCCUGAUUAAUAUGUCACAUCUGGCAUCAACCAUAGGUAUGGGUGCUGUGAGAGGGUAAUCAAGAAGCUAAAACAUGUAGUAUAUAUAUUUUUUGGUUUUAGUAGGAGACUACUUGUGAUAUUACCAAUUAACAAAAUGAAAGUUUGUGAAUUGAAGUAAGAUGGCAGCAGAAAAAAACCAAAAACAUAAUAGUUCCGCUAAGUAAAUUGACACCAUUAUCUUCACACCUAAAGAUAAAGAAAUUCAUUGUGUAAGCACUAAUUUGUGUAUGUAUAUUUAUAGAUAUAAAUAUAUAUUAUAAUAACUGGUUUCUUCUUCAAUAACGCCCACAUGGCAAUAACUUUAUAAAAAUCCUAUUACUGAUUUGCAGGAAAAACAGCCCCAAAAAAUUAGUGAGAGCAGAUUCUGUCAGCGAGUUACCAGCCCCGAGAAGACUCCGGUGGAAGUGUUCACCAGAAAUUCAAGGACACUUAGCUUCAUCUGCAGAAAAACUCCAAAGGUAUGGAAACACAUAAUAUUAAAUGAAAGCUUCAUAUAUACCCCUGUAAGCAUUAAAUGAAUACUAAAUACAUGUCUGGAUUAACCAACAAAAAGUCCUCCUGACAUUACACGUUCUCAAAAUGGCUGCCAUUACGUCAUGGUAUGUGACAGCUGCUGGGUUACUUUUUGAAUACCCUAAUAUGUUUUCACCAAGUCUCAUAAGUUCCACUUACCCAAUAGCCAUUAGUGUGUAAAAUAUCACCACCAGUGAACAGAUAUUUGCUAAUGGUGAGUAAGCCCUGGACCCUUUUAGGCUUGUCUAUUAGCACAGGACAUGAAAUUUGGAGCUCUAUUUUUGCCACAUGCAAACCUUAAACUGUUAGGGCAUUUUCAGAUUGUGACUAAAUCAAUCACUGAGGCUAUAUUACUAAUGUUGUGGAGCUCAUCCUAAUGUCACUCCUAAUUACUGUACAAUGAAGAGUAAAACAUAAAAUUGUUAUGCAUUGAUAAAUGUAAUGUGCAGCUGAAGAUGAACUGAUAAUCCUAUUAAACAGCAGUUGUUAGUAACGCUAAACAACCAAUUAGCAUUGAUGAAUACAUUUGCACUCAAACCAGGAUAUUAAUAGUGGGAAAAAAAUCUACAUUUGGUUAUAUUUCUUUCUUUUUUUUUUUCUUUAUGAAAAUCUAUUAAAAGUAUGUUUUACAAAUACGCUGACGUAGAAAAUCAAACUACAUUCACACAACCAUUCAUGCCUGUCCCGGAGUGAGAGUGGAGGCGUUAGUUGGAAGGAGUCUCAGGUAAGUCUGUAGCCAGAGGCCAGAGUCUCCAUAUGUCAUUAUAUAAUCCAAAGUUCUCAAGACUUACCUUCUAUACAGAAGCCUUACCUUCUAUAUACAGCCUUCUCCAUGAAUCUCUGAUAGUUCAUCUGUGAGGCAAUUUCAGUCCACUUGGGUAUCGCCUCAGAUCUCCAUUUUCUUGCCAAACAGACUUUGGUGGGCAUUAAUAUAUGCACAAUUAGCAUUUUUAUUUCUUCUUUCAAUUUGGGGAAAUCCAAAUGGAAAAAAGAGAGUUGGGGGGGUCAGUUCAAUAUGGGACUGUGUUAAACUUGUAAAUUCAUUUUCUAACUUGACCUACAAAGGUAAUAGGCAGGUACAUUUCCACCAUAUAUGCCGUAUAGUUCCAGUGUCCCUCUCGCAUCUCCAACAAAGAUCACUAACGUUGGGUUGAAACUAACUUAACCUGUCUGGUGUCAGAUACCAUCUGUGUAAAAUGAAUAGUUUUUAUUUGUCAGAUUUAAAGUGGUAACCCAUUCACUGGAUACAAAUUCUGUGCUCAGCUCCCUUUCCCAUUUCAUAAUCUCCCAAGCAUUGUACCCGUUUUGCUCGUAUACAAUAAUUCUCUAAUCUUAUAAGACAAAUUGAAGCAUACAUUUGGUUAUAUGUCACAUGACAGGCUACACACUUUAAAUUCAUGUUUUUCACAUGGUAUAAGAAAAACGUUUUCCAUAUUAUUUUCAAUAGCAGUUGCAAUAUGUAAGGUUCACGGAUACAUAAUUAUUGAUAAUUAAAUGAAAUGCCACGUCAUGCUCUGAGGCAUUUCUGUUGAAUCAGCACUCCGUCAUGCCAUCAAUGUAUGAGAAUUAACAGAUGAUUGAUAUUUUCUAAGUAUGUAUGCAGCAAACAUACCAACAAUGAAAGACAUUCAUGCAUCAACAAAAAUAAAAUAAAGGAGAUGUAUAAAAAUAUCACUGUAUGUAAAGUGGAGCAAUUGCCUAAAAACUAAUAUAAUUGUUGAGAAAAUCCCAUUGGUUGACAUUGUCAUUGCUCCACUUUAUGAAUUAACUUCUUCCUAACUUAUAGAACUCUCACUCCAUAUUUACUAGAGAUGUUACAUAGUUACAUAGUUACAUAGCUGAAAAGAGACUUGUGUCCAUCAAAUUCAGCCUUCCUCACAUAUGUUGUUGCUGUUGAUCCAAAAGAAGGCAAAAAACCUAGUCUGAAGCGCUUCCAAUUUUGCCACAAACUAGGAAAAAAAAUCCUUUUUGACCCCAAAAUAGCAGUCCGAUGUCUCCUUGGAUCAAGCAGCUAUUACCCCACUAAUUACAAAUUAUAUCCCUGUAUGUUAUGUUUUUGUAGGUAUUUAUCCAAUUGCAGUUUAAACCUCUGUAGUGACUCUGACAAAACCACCUCUUCAGGCAGAGAAUUCCAUAUCCUUAUUGUUCUUACUGUAAAAAAACCUUUUCUUUGCCUUAGAUGAAAUCUCAUUUCUUCCAGCCUACAUGUGUGACCUCGUGUCCUAUGUAUAUCCCUGUUUAUGAAUAGAUUUCCAGAAUAUAUUUGUAUAAAGUUAUCAUAUCCCCUCUCAGGCGCCGUUUUUCCAAACUAAACAGAUUAAAUUUUUUUAACCUUUCUUCAGAACUAAAAUGAUCCAUUCCUUUUAUCAAUUUUGUAGCUCGUCUCUGGACCCUCUCCAGUGCCAUGAUAUCUUUCUUUAGAACAGGCGCCCAAAAUUGCACAGCAUAUUCAAGGUGUGGUCUUACCAGCGAUUUAUAAAGAGGCAAAAUUAUAUUUUCAUCCCAAGAAUAUAUGCCCCUAUUUAUACAUGACAAAACCUUACUGGCCUUAGCAACUGCAGAUUGACAUUGCAUAUGUCCACAUGGAGAGGUGGCUCAAGAUCUCAAAACAAGAAUAAUUCUACAGCUAUAAUGCAUGUCACGAUGAAGGUGGAACCAUCUGGCAGAGAAUGCUAAGAUUAUAGACAUAUGUAUUAUUGAAGGACAACUGUCACCUUAAAUCUGUUUUUAAUACAAUAAUCCUUUCAUCAGUUUUUAAACUGAAAUAGUUUUUUUGUUUUUUUAAUGAAGUGUUUGUAAAAUAAAAACAAAAAAAAACCUCAUCCAAGCCUUUUGUAAAUGACAGGAUCCUGAAGCCAUAUAUACAUGCAUCAAAACUGACAGUCUCUGUGGUCUUCUCUGCUUUUGUACGGGCAGUGAAGCAGGGAAGGCGACACAGGUCACUUGUGAGCUGGAGAUAUAAGUAUUGUGCUUUGGAUAUAAACUUAGUCAGGUGGAAGUGGGGGUUGAAACACUUAAUUAUUAUAAUGUUUGGCUUUCUUAAUAGAAAAGUAGUGACAUGUAGAUUUUGAGAUUCAUAUCAGAUCGAACUGCAAUUUGGACGAACUUGGGCCACUUGUAUUCUAAAUUUUGCAUGAGGCACCAAACAAUAUGAAAAAACAGCAGGAGCAGUAAAAUAUAUAUAUAUAUGAAACAAGGGGGGGUUGUGUGUCUUGUGUAUUAUAUAUAUAUAUAUAUAUAUAUAUUUAGGAAAUAUAUAAUAUAUGAACAUAGAUUUUUUUCUUGAUUUUUAACUGCUCCUUCCAUUUCUUUCCCCCUAUUGGUUACUCUCUUUCUCUUCAGCUGUAAACAAAAUGGCAAGAAACUGCUCCUAUCACUGUACUGCGAUAUAUAUAUAUAUACAGUUGGACCUCGGUUUACGAAUUUAAUGCGUUCUCCGGGACAUUUCUUAUUGCGAAACAUUUGUAAACCGAAACGUGGUUUCCCGUAGGAAUGCAUUGAAAACCAAUUAAUCCGUUCUGGAGGUCAGAAAUAAGUCAAAAUGAACUGGCAUGGAAACCAACCCACAAUGUAAAAGUCACAAUAAAAGGCAACCAAAGGACAAAGCUCAUCUCCCUACCUUUCCACAGCUUGAGAAAUGCACCAAAAAGUCCCAAAACAACUGCAAACAAUUUCCAGAAUGGCUCUAAAACUCGAUGCAAAAGCCACUCCAACACCUCCACACUCAACGCCAUGUUCUACCCACUGGCUCCAGCAUGCAGGGGGCGGUGCUAUAAACCUCCUCAGUGCAAUGCAUCCUGGGGAAACUUGCUUUGUAUUGUGAAAAAAAUUUGUAAACCGAGGCAUUAUUUUCUAUGGAUUUUCAUUUGUAAACCGAAAAUUAUGUUAACCGAGGUGUUUGUAAACCGAGGUCCCACUGUAUAUAACAUUUUCAUGCCUUUUUGGUUUGUUCUCCUGAUUUGGUUGCAGAAACCUACUUUCAGCCGAGCAAAACUGACAUCCAGCCAAAUUCAAGUGUUUCAAAAAAAUUUCUGUCUUCACAAAAAAUAAUUCAGCAGAAACGAAUUUUCUCACCCUGUGCAUGUCUAUUGUCAUACACCUCAAUACUAUCCGAAUAUAAUCUUUGAUCUAAUAACGUGUUAAAAUAUUAGUUCUUCUUGAGUAAAUAAUGUAAUUUUUACUAAAUCACUCUUAAUUUGUUUUUUUCAGGAUAGUAAAUAAUCUUGAUUUCACUGUUUACAAGUUUAAGAACUAUGGAAAAGAGUUUAUCAAGAAACAAAGAAUGAGCCCAGAUGCAUAUAUUCAAGUGUCUCUCCAGCUUGCAUUUUACAAGUAAGAAAAAUGUCUUUCCUAUAUCACACUAAAGAUUAUUUUUAUAAGACUAAAGUUAUGCAAUUUAUUGACAUCUGUUCCAUAUUUAGAGUAUUAACAGUGUGAUAGAGUGAUUUGCAAUUAAAGAAAUACUCUAAGAAUCAAAACAACUUUAGCUUGAUAAAGCCAUUUUAGUGUAUAGAUCAUGUGCAGGAAGUUUAAACAUUAGAUCUCUCUUUACAGGAAAUGCUUAGGAAGGCUGUGAAAGUCACAUACAGGAGAGGUAUGCCUAGGGCUGCAUAAACGUGAUGUAACUCCUAAAUGCCAGAAAAUUGAGCAGUGAAACUGCAGGGGCAUGAUCUAUACACCAAAACCCCUCCAUUAAGCUAACGUUCUUUUGGUGCUUAUAGUUCUCAUUUACAACUUGUUUAUUUUAGUAUGUUUGAGCCAGUAGUUUAAGUACAUAGAGAGGAACCUAAUCAUGAAUACUAUUGCUCUCCAUACCCUACUUCUGUUGACUACCUUCCUUUCAACGGGUGGUCAAUGGGCACAGUUCCUUUGGUAUAGAGGGACCCAGAAGAUCUAAUGUGGAUGCUGCAUCCCGGAGCACUCCAUAUGCAAUACAGUACACAGGAAAGGGAAUUUGAUUGUGGUCUGUGUCACUUCCACCCCUGCACUCGAUCAUCCGUAAAGAAGCAGGUCCAGAACAAGGAUCUUUGGGACUGGAUUGCCAGUUGCAACUGUAUUCUCUAAAGUCCCAGAACUAAUCUGAGCUAGUAGACAAGUGUAGUGUAGACAACAUCAAUGUAUAAAACAACCACUCUCCAUUUUAAACAGCUGCUGCUCCCAUCACAAUUAUUUCAGCUUUACUGCAGGAGCUAAGUCAAUGCCCCAUUACCACCAUAUUUCAGCAUAUUCACAAGAACACAAAACAGUACUAUGUAGGUGUUGCCAGACAGCUGACAUCAGUAAACUUUUUACUUCUUGAAAUUUGCAUUAGAUUAUUGUUCAUCCUCCUGGCUGCCAGAUGGGGCAGCUUUAUAACUAUCUUACCUGGCAAUAUUUGGAUUAUUACUCAUCUAUUAAAAAAAAAACAAAAAAAAAAAACAGGUAGACCCUACUUCUCCAUAUGAAUGACUCUGAAAUGAGAAGGAAUUGCAAAGUUACUAUAAACAGAAGGUAAAACUGAGAUGUCUGCUUUAAGACAUUUUUGAAACAUUUCGACUUUUAUAUGUUUCUUGACUAUAUUUCCUGUAAUGUAUCCAAACCAUCCUUUCUUGAUUGCAUCCUUGUUUUAUUCUUAUUUAUUAAGUUGUUGUGGUAUAUUUUGUGAUUGGAACAGAAAAUAGGAAAUCAGAUACUGAUUUAGUUUUUUAACAGAUGCCACAGAAAACUUGUGCCUACGUAUGAGAGUGCUUCCAUACGAAGAUUUCAGAUGGGAAGAGUUGACAACAUAAGAUCUUCAACGGCUGAAGCACUAACAUUUGUUAAAGCGAUGGUGGAUGGAAAAAGUACCAUACCGGUAAUUAUACCUAUCACUUAUACUCUGUAACAUUAUGAUAUUAACUAAUAUCCACAGAAAGCAUUAAAUAUUGGGGGAGGGAGGAGGUUCAAUCGUACAUUACGGCAAAUAUGGAACAAGCACAUUGUAGUUUUUGUUAAUGUUAAUGAGUUAGGGUGUUUCGUAAGAAGUAAACAAUCAGAUUGAGUUUUCUGAUAAAUUACAGUUGUCUGUCACCUAAAAAAAAGUACAAUUUGCAUUAUGUUUAUCUAAAACAAUAAUUGUGUGAAGCUUUAAAAAACAUUUUUUUUAAAAAUACACACAUAUAUAAAUAACAGACCUGGUAAUAUUGUUCAUAAAUAAUAUUUUGGUAAUUUUUUUAAGUUAAAAUGUUUAUUUUAUUUACUAUCUUAAUAAUUUUGACAACAAAUGACCAAUUAAAAUGUAUUUCCAAUUUGACUGGUAUAUGCAUGUCACUAUUUUCUGUUUAGUGUUAUAGUUUACUUUCUGACUGUACAGAGUAUUUGAUUUUGCAGGAUACUGAGAAGAUGCAAUACCUCAGGGAGGCAAUAAUGGCUCAGACUAAUUACACUAUUCUGGUGAGUAGUUCUACUUCACAUUAUUCUAAGAGGCACAGGUCAAGUUUUGAAAUGGUUAGGAAGAAACAGAAUUAGUGGUUCAGAGUUUGCAAAAAAGUUAUUUUCCUGGAACAGAGAUACUAGCUCCUGUAUAUCUUCCAAGUGUCCCUAUUUAGGAGAUACGGUCCCUACGUUUGGGUCAAAUCCCUCUGUCUCUCUUUUCUUUACUGAUGUCCCUCUUUUUUAGGAGCUCCUUAUUGUUGCUGUGUUUGAAUGUAUAACAGAGCUCCACAACAAUGAUACACCCAGUACUGUAUAUUUAAACUACAAUCAAUGUGUUCAGAAAUCAGUCUGUGUAGAUCAGAUACACUGUUCUUGUUCUAAAUGAAAUUGUAGUUGCUUAAAUUAUUGUUAGUAAACACAUCAUGAAGUCACCUGAAUGAAUUUCUCUAAACAAUCUUGCCUCUGGCCACACCCCUCCCUCCCCCUCCCCUCCCCUCAUACCCUUAAAAUGAAAGUGUCCCUCUUUGUGAAUUUGAUAUUUUGGGAGCUAGUCACUAAAGUGUGCAUUGUCAUGAAUUCAAAAUGAAUGUCAGACUUAAGGAUAAACUUGUGAAAAUAGCCAACUAUAAGCCACCUACAAUGCAUAUAUAAGUGAGAAAAAGUGGAGCGCUAAAUGAAGUACCGUACCCUUUAAUGACAGUGAUACAUAGGCAGGAGAGCAGCACAUGCAAAAAAAAUAAAAAAGUAGACAAAAUAUAGUGCAGAUGGUACAAUGUCCACAAGUGAGCUGUAGCUCAAAUAAAUAGAAGCACUCACAUGAAGCAGAGCCUGGUAACAAUAAAGCUCAAUAUUCACACAGGUUUGCCUUUGCAGGUAGCAACACGUCUUUCUUCUUAUGAAACACCACACUCAAAAUGGAGAAGAAAAAAGGCAGUCAUAGUGCAGAUAUUUAAACCACUCCAAAAUAAACAAACAAGAUGGAUGUGCUCACCUGUAUAAGAGCCAAGUAGGUCCUGGCUUUAGAUAUGUAAGGUUGGUGUCACCUAUGGAGUGACACUGCUAAAUUGUGUCUAGGUAUUUAAGAGCUUUUUGCACACUACACCGUUGUUCUUUAUAUAAGCCAACUAUAGUUGGGUAAACUACUUUUCAGAGUUAUUAUUUAAGCCUUAAAUUUAAAAUUCACUUUGAAUUCCAGACAUCUGCUUUAUUAAUGAAUCUAGCAAGAAAUGUAAUAAAUGUUACAUUAUUUCAGACUACAUAUAUAUUGUUGCAUAUUCUAUUCUAUAUCUAUUGCAUAUCACACUAAAAAAAGCCAACCGUUUGUAACAAACAAAAUGUGUGAUGUAAAGAAUCUUUCACGUUUUCAACCAAAUUCUCCAGUGCUCUGUUAUUUGUUAGGAUUUGCAAGAUGAUUUUCCUGACAUAAAUCUGCUGCUCUUGAGAUUCUAUUCUAAACAAUUUUCUCAGAUAUGAUGGGCUGAUCUAUAGUUUAUUACAUUAGCCAGUCUCGGUUUCCCAUCAGACAUGUCAUUGAUAAAUGUUGCAGAAUGUCAGUGUUAUGAAAACUGUAAAUGUUACACCAUGGCACGACAUUUCAUUUCAUUUGUUAAGGCAAUUUCCCUUGAUGAGUUUGGAUGGAAAUCAAAGUCAGCAGGAUGCACGUUUGGUGCUUGUUCCCAUUUUUCUUACAAUAUAUUAUUGACUCAUAUUUCUGUCCUGAUUGUCAUAAAAACAUUUUUGUAAUAGAUCGAUGUACACUAUGCUCAAGAGACUUACGCUGUACCCUCCAGUGGAAGAUAUAUUGAGUUUUCUUUAAGCAUCUAUUAAUCAGCAGCUGAUUUACUUAAAAAAAUGAGAGCAUCAAUUUAAAACUGCUGUCCGCUCAAAUCCUGUCAUUGUUAUGUCUGUUGCUUGAUAAAUAUAAAAAUGAUACUAAAAAAUAAUGUUACUGUCUGAGGUUGUUUAUGGGAAACAGAUGGGGUGAUAUUCUGAAGCUGAGCCCCAAAGGUGUCAUCUGAAAUCCUGACGCCCCUUAAAAUAAAUUGGCUGACCAGCCCACCUAGAUACACACACACACACUGUCACACUCUUCCAGAAUGCAGACAGAUACACACUGCUGGACACACAUACACAUGCAUAAUGUCAGGCACAUACACAUAGAUGCUCUAUGUCAGAAACACAAAUUAUCAGAUACAAACACAGAUGCACACACACUGACAUAUAGACACACAGUCAGGCACGUAAAUGCAGUCAGACAAACACAACCAGUCACACACAGAUACACACUGUCAGACACACAUAGGCCCAGUUGCACAAACCAACACACUAUCAAACAGUCAUGUACACACAGGCAAACACACUCACAUAUGCACACAGCCACAUAUUUACAUGAACGCUGUCAACAAAACAGUUACCACUGCCUCUACCCUUUCUUCAUUCUUUCAGACAGUUCUACUUCAAAGGCUGUGUAGUGUGACCAGAACCUUAGUAAACCAUUUGCUGUGCUACACACAUUUCACAGCAGGACAACUAGCAAUCCAGUGUAUCCAGCACACAGUGCUCUGCAUCAGAAUACUGUGUAAAGAUACACAUUACAACACAAACAUGCACUAUUAAGGCCAGGGAUGCAGGGAUGAAGUGAUAUUCCAUCCUCCAGUGCUGUCUCCUGUGAGGGCCCCAUAUGAUACAGCGUCCAUUAUGAUACCGCUAGCCUAUGCAAUAUAUUUUAGUGGAGAUAUAGAUAUCUAGAUACAGGGUCCCAUGCAAGCCCCUGAACCGGGGCCCUUAGCAGGGUACUGCCGGUACCCCCUUUUCACCCAUAUGGCAGACCCAAUUACCAAGGAAACCAAUGGAAUGCUUAGUAAAUAUUGGAAAAAAACUCCAAACGGUAUGGCGGGCAGGACCCCCAAAGCUUUACUUUGUUAGUAGAGCUUAUAGUCUUUAUUUAAGUACAUUUUUCCAAGUAAACUUCCAAAUGUUUUGAUAUCGCCUAUCAAUCUAACCUAUGCAGGCAAUUAGCUAUACUUUACUUACAUUUUCAAUUAUACAAAAUAUAUUCUGCAUUUUGAAUUUACUAUAUUUAUUCACCAAUAUAAGCUCUAAUAUAGGAGUCAAUAAGCAAUAGCAUAGCAUAAGGAAGAUAUACACACAUAAAUUACUAGAAAUUAUACAUCCAAAAUAUCAAAUAUGUUAAAAAAAAAAUAAAAAAAAAUGUAAUUGUUACAUUUUUGUACCUUGAGUUACUUGAAGGUGCAUUGCAAUUGAAAUGGUAUUUCCAUAAACCAGCUUAAAAAACACCCCAUUACAUUAAUUACAUAUUUAGCUAACCAAUCAAUAGUAAAAAUUAGCUGUAAAUGUAAGAAAAACUCCAAUAUUUAACUUUGCAGUAACGAGUAAAAAAUUAUUACUGUUGCUCAUGCUCUACAUUCUCAAUUUAAAGCAAUGGUAAAAAACGAACAACACAAGAUAUUAUAUGAUGUUGCACAGACACUCGCAUCACCAUAACCACUACAGAUCCUGCAAGGGAAUUAACUAAUGUGAGCUAAAUAAGUACUUGGACGGCACAAUGCAGAAGCAAUGCUCCAGCAUAUAUGGAGUUCAGUUUAUGCUCUACCGAUUCACCUGAAAGCAUUGAAAGCUUCCCAGAAAUAUAAUCACUCCAAAAACUGUUGUGGUUCUGGUGCUUGGAGUGUCACUUUAAGGCUCUCUGAUGUCCUUUCUACAUUUACACUUGGAAAAUGUUUCAGUGGUGUUUUGGAAAAUUUACAUCCGCAUUAGGGAUCAAGAUAGACUGUUGCACUGCACAUCAAAUACAAUUUAUUUACAUUCAUUUUAACUUCUUUCUUUUUUUUACAAUUUUCCUUAGGCCAUUACUGGGAUGGCAAUAGACAACCAUUUACUGGCACUGAGGGAGUUAGCACGAGAACAUUGCAAGGAAUUGCCUGAGCUCUUUACUGAUGAAAUGUAUUUGGCCAGCAAUCGAUUCAUUCUCUCAACCAGUCAGGUGAGUGUGUAGCUGUUUAUCUUCCCCUUCUGUCCAAACAACCUGUCCUUACUUGUUAACAUUGUUAUUCACAAAGGUAACAGAAAGAAAUAUGACAAAUAUCAUGCUUUGUUUGUAUUUGAGUAGAGAAAGUGGUGAUCACCAAAAUUAUAUUUGAAAUUUCAUAUUAAAUAUAUCUGGAAACCGAAAAAUCACAACAAGAUUUUAAAAUUAGGGCUACUACUUGAGAAAUUAUUUGAAAUACACAGUAAUAUAUGACACUGUUUGUAAAUUGAUUAAAACACGCAUGGGCUGUUGAUGGUAGGACCAUAGUUGGGGAGAGUUGGGAGAAAAAAAACGAAUUUGCUCACACAUCAUAUUUCUUUUUUUUUCAGUAAAAUAACUGUGUUGAUAACUGUCUUUAAUAAAAUGGCAUAAAUAGCUAAGUAAUACAUACAAAUCCUGAAUCACCAAAGGGGUUUAUUCCCUAAACUCUGUAUUACGAGGCAUCAAUAAUUCAUAUGUUAACAUUUAGGCAAAAACAGCUGGUAUGGAAGAAAAUCUCCUACACAGCUAAAGUCGUAGAUUGGAAUUUUUAGCCUUGGUUUUGCAAUUCAAAUUUCAAUUCACUUCAAUUUAAAAUGUAUAAAAUAAGCCACCUUAUACUUUGUUCAACUCUACUCUUUUUGGCCUACAUUUUGCGUGUUAUUUUUAAACAUAUCGCAACAAGCUACGUAGUACAUGAGCUCACGUUACUUCUCUUGAAUGAUGCACUCACUCACUGCAAGGGUCCAAAACAACAAUUCAUAGGGUCAUUCUCUCAGUUGUAACUAGAUAGGAGAUAAAAGGGAAUUGGAAAUUUUAGGCAAUAAUUCCUGAGAUGGAAAAUUUCACCAGGUCCGUUACGUUUACAGUUUGACUAUUUUGGCGUAAAAUUUUAAAUUCACUUUGAAUUCCUGCCAAUUCACACUUUAGUGAAUUACUGUGUUUAAGGACAAAGUAGAUAUUGUGAAAGAGUGGCAUUUGACUUAGCUUUGUAUCUCCCACUGGUAGUAUUUGGAUGGAAAUGUGUAAGCUGCCUUGCUGUCUUUAACUCCUUUGCGGUGACCAUUGUUUUAUAUUGUUUGGACUCAAGCAUUAACUGAUGUAACCAGACUCCCCAUCUCCAACAUCAAUUUUGAUGAUUGUGAAACUGCAGAAAAAACCCAAGUGGGUAUCAACCAUGUGAUUACCUCAAUUUAAAAACCCCUUGGAUUGAGAGAUAUUGUUUCUUUUUCCUGACGUAGUAGUCUUUAAACCCUUAAGGACACAUGACAUGUGUGACAUGUCAUGAUUCCCUUUUAUUCCAGAAGUUUGGUCCUUAAGGGGUUAAAUAGUAGUGUGCUUAUCCCAAGUAUCCCUUACUUACUGAGCGUAAUGGUGCUAUUGUCCUCGAUGGGAUGAGGACACCAUGGUGGAUUGUCCAUCGCAUGGUUUCUCUCUAAAAAACUAAAUUAAACAGAACUUGCAAUAAAGGAAGGAUAAACUUUAGAUGACUCUUUACAGGAACUGUUCAGGAAGGCUGUGCAAGUCACAUGCAGGGAGGUGUGACUAGGGAUCAUAAACAAAGAGAAUUGAGCAGUGAAACUGCAGGGACAUGAUCUGUACACUAAAACUGCUUCAUUAAGCUAAAGUUGUUUUGGUGACUAUAGUGUCCCUUUAAUAUUUACCCAAUUCAGAGGUAAGGUUCCCUGUUACUCAUAGCUUGUAGAGAGUCCCCUAAUUACUUCUUGUGACACUCUACCAUGUGCAUGAAGUGGCAGAAAGGUGAGACACAAGGGUUGCUGUCUUCAAUUUACAUGGAGUUCCAGGGGUAAUCAGCUUGUUUAUUUUAACUAUUUGCUGCCUCUCGGUUAUAGUUUGCCAAUGAAAAUUCACAACAACUAUAACCUUUUAAAACUGUUUGAUUUGUUAUUGCAUUUGGCACCCUAAUAAACAUAAGUGAUCACAGAACUAUUUUGAGAGUUAAAUGCACUUUAUACUUUAGAGUUAAAAGAUCUCCCCAUCCUACAGCCUUUCCAGCUUUUGAAAUUGCUUAGAACAUUGUUAAAAACCACAAAGAUGAUUCAUCAAGAAAAGCAAUCAAUUCCAUUAGACAUAUGCAGUGAAUUACCCAAAUGGGUUUCUGUACAAAGCUGUCUGAACCAAAACAUGAGAAUGUUGUGCAAAAGUGAUAUAAUUGUUCUAGACGUCACGCUGAAUAGAAUGAUGCUCCUAUUAUUGUUUAACUUAUAGUGUCCGUCCAUAGUGUAGUGAAAGGACAAGCACUAGUACAACAUUUGAAAAAUACAUAAAAACAUGUACAUUUAUUUAUUAGUCAAGUUAGAAAAGCAACGGUGUACAUACAAAAAAUACAGCAUAAAUAGUAUAAAGUAAGCAAAGACCAGUAAAGUCCAAAUAUAAAAAAAUGUGCUUACGUUAAGCAAAAUAGUAAAUGCAAGUGGAAAAAAACUCGCUGAAGUUUAUUUAGCAUAUGUUGCCUUUACAAGGGGUACGUAUUUUCACCUUGGCUCUUUAGUCCCUUAAAAACAUUUGAGAAUAAAAAAAAUAUUGAAUUAGUGACAUAGAGGUUUACCAAAGCAGCGUGCGCUCCUUUAAAUACAUAAAGGGCAUGACAACAGUAAAGGAGGAGACUAUAUUUAAAAGAAGAAAAACUACCACAACAAGAGGACAUAGUCUUAAAUUAGAGGGACAAAGGUUUAAAAAUAAUAUCAGGAAGUAUUACUUUACUGAGAGGGUAGUGGAUGCAUGGAAUAGGCUUCCAGCUGAAGUGGUAGAGGUUAACACAGUAAAGGAGUUUAAGCAUGCGUGGGAUAGGCAUAAGGCUAUCCUAAUUAUAAGAUAAGGCCAGGGUCUAAUGAAAGUAUAUAGACAAUUGGGCAGACUAGAUGGGCCAAAUGUUUCUACUUGAUGUAACGUGAUGAUCUAAAAUAAGAGCAGGUAAGAGUAAUCUGGUGAUGCUCGGGACUAACGGCACACAUUCAUCCAGGCCCGGACUGGCCAUCGGGCACACCGGGCAAAUGCCCGGUGGGCCGCGAUGGCCGUGGGGCCGAGGCCGGCAGGGGAGAUCACAGGAUCUCCCCUGCCGGCCCGUGCAGGGCCAGCGCUAUCCGAGCGCCGGCCCUGCAUAGUGCCUCCAUGGGCCGGUGGGGAGAUCACAGAUCUCCCUCACCGUCCCAGAGGCAGGGAAAUGCGGCCGCCGGCUGGGUGAGGGAGGGAGGGAGGAGAGAGGACCCGGCGGAGCUCUAACAAGCAGCUCCGCCGGGUCCUCUCGCGAGAUUCUGAGCGUUGCCGCGGUUACCACGGCAACGCUCAGAUCUCGCGAGAGUGAACUCUAACCUGCAGGUUAGAGUUCACUCUCACCACUGGGCCACCAGGGAUGGAUGGCAGAACGGAUCUCCUCCCCCUUCCCAGGAUAAAGGUAGAGAAGAAGGGAGGGGGGAAAUUUUUUUAUUUUUUUUAUUAGUAAAAAAAAAAAAUAUUUAAAUUUAAAUAAAAAAAUACAUUCACUCACAAACACAGCACCCCCAGACACAGCACCCCCCAGACACAGCACCCCCAGACACACACUGCACCCCCAGACACACACUGCACCCACAGACACACACUGCACCAGACACACACUGCACCCAGACACACACUGCACCCAGACACACACUACCCCCAGACACACACAGCGCACCCAGACACACACAGCACCCCCAGACACACACAGCGCACCCAGACACACACUGCACCCAGACACACACUGCACCCAAACACACACUACCCCCAGACACACACAGCACCCCCAGACACACACAGCACCCCCAGACACACACAGCGCACCCAGACACACACAGCGCACCCAGACACACACAGCACCCCCCAGACACAGCACCCCCUACACACACAGCACCCAGACACACACAGCACACUCAUAUAUAUAUAUAUAUAUAUAUAUAUAUAUAAAAAUAAAAUAACCCUCAGUGAGUUAACAGACAAAGAAAAUUAGAAACCUAGAAUGUGACAGCAGAUAAAAACACCCUCACACACAGCACCCCUCUUACAUACACACACUGCGCCCCUCACACAUACAAUAAGUCCAAAUAUAUAUAUAUAUAUAUACAUACACACACACACACACACACACUACAGCACCCCUCACAAUGCACCACUACACACAUUACGCUCCAGAUACACACUAGAUCCCUUACUCUAUAUGCACUCUUUAUCCUCUAUACACACACACACACACACACCGGGUCCUUUACACAGUAGAUCUCCUACACACACACACUACAUUCCUUGUCAGCAAACACAUACAACAUUCUCUAAACACACCCUCUCUGCAACCCCUACACACACUACGUCACCUAUACACACACACUACUGCCCGUAUGCACACACUCGCUGCAUCCCCUAUAAAACUAUGCCCCCUAUACACACACUCUCUACAGCCCCUAGCCACACAUAUUACACCACAAACACAAAUUAAAUUGACCUAUUUAUACAAUACCACACCACACUCUACACACACGCAAUCCCACAAGCAGGCUCCAAACAUAUGCACCAUGCACUUUCCUGGCCCUUUUGUCCUCUGGUAUCCCACUUGUGGAGACACCAGAGACAAUUUAAAAGCAAACACAACACAAGCAUGUUAUUACAUUUGCUUGCGCUGGGCAGAACAAAUUCAGGGCCUUUUUCUAAUGCCAGAGCUCUUCAGCAGGGCUCUGGGCAUUGAACCAACAUGCUCACUUUGAGAGGGGGCGUGUUGUCAUUAGUGAUGACAAAACACACACUCUCUGGCCCCGGCCCCUUCUUAGGGGGCCGCUCUGAUUGAAAAAUGCCCGGGCCUAAUUUUUUUCCCAGUCCGGCCCUGCAUUCAUCCCUCUUUAAUAAAUCCCAUUGGAAGCUACCAUGGGAUAUAGGCCUUCACUUAUCCAUGCAAGUAGUUAUCAGGGAGAAAGGUAUAAAUAGUCUCACGCAGAAGACAGAGGUCACUACAGAAACAAGCUGUGAUCAAUAUGUGCACUUGAAUGUAUGCAAGUUAUUAAAAGUAUGCAGCCUUACAAAAGCCUAUAUUUAAACUGGAGCAUUGGCUGUAUUGAUGACCAACAUUUUAAAUGGAACACCUGGGGGUCAUAAUGAUAAUGGGGGGGGACCUACUGCCCCCCCCGGCCCUCAACCCUGGGCAGCGGGUGGGGGCCAUAAUGAUAAUGGGGGGGGGACCUACUGUCCUCCCCCCCCAGUCCCCACCACUGGGCGGCAGGUGGGGGCCAUAAUGAUAAUGGGGGGGACACACCUACUGUAAUGGUGGAGGUCGGGGGGGGCAGUAGGUCCCCCCCAUUAUCAUUAUGACCCCCACCCACCGCGCAGGGGUGGGGGCCGGGGGGGGACAUUAGGUCUCCGCCCUUAUUUUACUUUAGGGCCCCCACCCGUCAUUUAGGGGUGGGGGCCAAUAGUUUUUUUGUUUGUUUUUUUACAGUGAGCAGCCACAGGCUGCUCACUGUUUAGUGGACAUGCCCCUACUCGCGGUAUAACGAGUAGGGGCAUUGGGGAGAUUUUAAUCUUCCUUAUGCUAUUAUGGGGGUCAUAUUGACCCCCAUAGAGUGAGGGGGGGCCUGGGGGACUUAUGAAGUGGUGGGGAGCACUACUCCCUGCCGCUUCUAUCUUUACAUAUUACAAGGAGGGAGCUGCACGCCGGUAGCUCCCUCCUUGUAAUAAACUGAAAGAACAAACGAACACUGAUAUUCAGUGUUUGUUUGUUCGGCUGAUAUUUCUAUUCACUCAUUCGUCUGUCUGAUGAAUGAAUGAAUAGAUGAAAUUCCCGUUGUUUCACUGGGCAUGUGCGGGAAUCUCACAGUCUAUCUAGUGUGGGCUGAUGACGUGUCCCACAGGGACUUCAUCUACCCACACAAAGAUGGCAGCGCCCUGAAUAAAGAUCGGGGCAGAAAAUAAGGAAUAAAAAAUAGGUAAUGUGGGGGGCUUAGGGGCAUUUGGGGGUGACUAGGGUGUCAGUUAGAGAUAGUAGAGGCCGGAGGGGGGGUUAAAAAAAAAAAACAGGAUUCGGCCUGACAGUGCCGCUUUCAGUGAUGGCAGCGUUUGAAUACAAUCUAAAAUCUAAAAUAAAAUGAAUUUGUGUAGGAAAACAAGCAUGGUGAUGAUAUGCAUGUUUAUUUUAUGGGGUUUUUUCCUGUACGACAAAGAAUCAGGGAGUUUAUAGCUUUUCGUAUGGUCAGUCUGUCAAUGGAAAGGUACGAAGAAUGCUAUCAGGUUUCAAAAAGAGUACACAGGGUCAGAACAUAGUAUAGACGAUUUAUGAAUUAGUGAAAAUGCCUCAAAAUGAUUGUAGACUUCAGUUCUGCAUUUUGGGCUUGAACUUGGAUCAUAAACAGGCAACCAAAUUACUGAAAAGACAUUAGGUAUGAGUACAUGCGGUAUUUUCUGCACAGUUCUUUAGAGUCGAGAAGGCAAGCUAACAAUGUUUUCUUUCAUUUUCAGGUUCCUACUACUAUGGAAAUGUUUUGUUGCUAUGGGCCGGUGGUCCCAAAUGGCUAUGGUUCAUGCUAUAACCCACAGCCUGAACAUAUUCUGUUCUGUAUCUCGAGCUUCCGAGAAUGCAAAGAAACAUCUUCCACAAUGUUUGCCAAAGCCGUAGAAGAAAGUCUAAUUGCCAUGGGGGAUCUGUGCGCCAAAUACAAUACUAAGCCGGAAACACCAAUAAAGGAGAAAAAGACUAAAUCACAAAAUGGGCAUAAGUCAUAGUCCAUUACAAAUGACUAAAAAUACAAAAAGAAAUAAUUGAAUUAUUUAUUUUCCAUAAAUACCAUAUUUUUGUGACUGUUAGUAAUUUAUAUUUUACAAAAUAAAAUGUAUCUGAUUCAAAAGAAAUAUUUAAAAGAGAUAUCUAUAGGGGAAAUGUGGAAGAUGAAAUUAUAAAACCUUAUGGGAAAACCUUAUUAAAUUAAAGUUUGUAUUAAUAGGUAUGAGAUCAUAACAGACUUUUUUGGUUUGGAAUUUUUCCCUCAAAUGUAUGACAUUUAAUGUAUUUUUUCAAGCUCGUUAUGAAGUACCUGAUGCUAAUUAAUGGAUUGAUGCAUUUAUGUCAGGCGAUUGGAUUUCCAUAUUAUGAUUUAAAUCCGAUCAGAAUCAAUUGGUCCAUCAUGUCAUCCAAUGCCCUAGCUACAUACGUUUGCCUAAAUUCUUUAACCUAAUUUCGACUCUGGGUAUGUGUGUGCCAACCCAAUGAAAUUCGGGAAUAUUUCCUUCUGCCAUUGUUUGAGGUCUAUUUCAUGGGAUUUGCCACCAGAGGUCUAUUUCAUGGGGUUAGCCAAUAAAUGGGAUUUAUUGGAAAUGCAAAGUUAAUUAUGAAUUUUACAUUUACAAUACCUAAAAUGGAAAAAAAAAUCUCUCAAUGUAUUUAUUUUGCUAUUUUGGCC